AUGCCCAAGGGUGGGUGUUCUAAAACACCACAACUGGAAGAUUUCUCUCUCAGCAACGACAUGGUGGAGAAACAAACUGGGAAAAAGGUACUGUGCCUUUAGUAUACUUGUCUUCUUCAUACUCCCCCCCCACCCACCGUAGUGUUUUUGUUUUAUAGUGAGAUGGUAGCACAACAGGCCUGUGUUCUCAAACUUCUGUGUAUGCUGUACUGAUUACCUCCUGUGAACUACCAAACAGAAUACCUUUCCUUAAUUUAUUUUAGAUUAUGUCCCAUUUGUCUGUCCCCCCCCCAAAAAAAUAGUAGUCCAUGGGCCAUGAGUGGUCCAUCAGCUUUGUUUAAGUAGUCUCUGGCAUGCCUAUGGAUUUGUAGUUGAAGACAGCAAUGAGUAUAUCCAUAUUAUUAAAUAUUUGUGCUAAUUUUUAAUGACAUUUUAAUUGCUUAUUUUAUUAAAUAAGGCUGUGAGGCGUGAAGGCCGCUUCCUGCAAGGCCAUUUCCACCUGGCCUAGGGGGCAGAGCCCAGACUCACCCAGCCCUACAAAAGAGGCUCCUCGUAAGGCUGGAGGAGCAUCGCCUAGCUGUGAGGGGUGAAGGCCGCUCCCUGCAAGGCCCUUUCCACCUGGCCUAGGGGGUGAGGCCCAGACUCACCCAGCCCUACAAAAGAGGCUCCUCAUGAGGCUGGAGGAACAUCGCCUGGCUAUUGUUUUAUUGAUUUAAUAUGCUGUAAACCGCUUUGAGAUUUUUAUUAAAAAUAUAAAGCUGUAUAGAAAUAAAAAAAUCAAAAAAAUCUUUUAUUUUAUUGCAUUACAGUUUGAAUUCUAUGGAAUUACAUUUGCUUCAACAGGCAGACAAAUGAUUAAGUGAUCCACCAAGACCCUCAGCAAUUUUCAAGUGGUGUGUGAGGGGAAAAGCUUGAGACCCACUGAUCUAGGUGAUGCUACAUUAAGUUGAUAACUUCCCCCACAAUUAGCUUCUGUCAUGGUCCAUAGCAUAGCUGAGAAUGAGAAAGCAACAAGAAUUAAGCUAGAAAAGGUACUCUGUGAUACUUUCACCUUCAUCCUACUCCUAGCUGUGAACUAUUGUUUUAGUUAGGUAGAAGCUUUGUGUCUUUAGGCCUCACCUACUGUUUGCGUCUGUUGAUUUGUUUGUUUGGUAGUGAAUUCAUCACUGCAUUGGUCUGAGAUGGUGUUCAGUAAAUGAAUAUCCACACUGUCUUUUAGAGUUAGAGUAGAGCUUAGAAUCUGUCAAGAUGGUUGUGAAAGGUAGCAAAAGGAGACCUGAAUGUUGAGGCAUAGCUGCCUAGUGUUAACUGAUUGGCAUAAGGAGAAAGUGCCAGUGUGGCCUAGAUCAUUUUGUGCAAAAUAAAGCUGAAACCCAGGAAUUAUGAGUGCAGGAAGUUGCAAAGGGAAAUACCAGUUUCGUGUGGUGUAAGGCUUUUGCAUUAAGAAAGUAUGCUGCACACUUGAUUUGUUUCUGUUCUGCUUUGGUUUUUUGCCCUAUUUCAGUUAUUGUGUCUUUUUUGAAAGAUAAAGCUACAUGUCAAAAUUUAAAAUUAAUAAAAGCUGAGAAGAAAAACCUGUUCUAACUUCAGGCUGGGUUUUGUUGCUCCUACUCAUAGCUGAGAAGCUGAUGUUUAUAUAUGAUAGUAUGAAUCAAAAGGCAUUCCAUUAGCUGUGAGGGUACAUUAUACAUGACACAUUUUCCUACCUACAUGAAUUUGGGGUUUGUGAAGGGGCCAGUAUGCACACAUUAAUAUUUGAAGAUGCUCCACUUUACCAGUGUAGCUAAAAUGUGUCAUAUGAAGCCGUCCUGACUUGCGACUUUUCAGGCUCAGGAGCACUGGGAACAAUAACCAGUUUUGUAAUAAAAUAACCUGGAUGUGAUUAAAAUGACUUUCCCACCAUAUACAACAGUGCAGAUUUGACAAGGUUUAGCAAGAAUAAUAGAAUAGAGUGUCCCUGCAUUCCUAUCGCUGAACUUCUCAACCUGUAAAGUGUUCAGUCUAGGGUUCCAAAGGGACUGAGCUUUAGAGCUUAGUUAAUUGGCUGAAGGAGACUGCACCAACAUAUCAUUGCUUUCUAUUUAACUUUAGUGCUCUGAGCUGAAACAAUGACUAAGGGGAAAGGGAGUUGGCCAUUAGACCUUUGCUUCCAGGGAUUGCUGUGUGGGAGCAUAGCUUUUAAUUUAUCUUGUGUUUGUCAACACUUCCUAAAGGCCUCUCUGCUUGCAUGACUUCAGCUGUCUCAGAUUCACUGCUGUGAAUACUAUUCCAAGACUGCGUUUGUGGAGCCAAAGGGCCUGAAAGCAGUGAUAGGGGCUGUGGUGUUGGAAGUAAAAGUGCGUGUGUUGUCCUUGCAGAGUGAAGAAUUUUUGGAACCUAGCUGCAUUGUGGGAUACCAGCUCUGAUAGAAAUGGAUUAAGAAGUUCAGAUCACAUUUAUUCAUGACUGAAGUACCAUUCUAGGUUCCUCCUAAAUUCAGUUGUUCUUAUGACAUUCUGCAGUAAUCACACACAUAUCUGUCCAAUUGGAAACGUCAGCCUUUGCAGCAAAAUAGUGCUGGCAUUAUGUGAGACCUCAUUGCAAUUUCACAGAAUUUGGCUUAAUGGUUACAUGCAACCAAGUUGAGUCAAUGGAGUGACUGGUUUUUUCCUUCUCAGUUUCUCUUCAUUCUACUGUUACUUUUCCACUUUGCCUCAGUUAGGCAAAUUAUCUCAGACCCUGACAUUUUCUUAGUUUUAUUGAGUCAAAGGGCAGGGAAGAGGGUUCCAACCUUAAACAGUAGUUUCCUGCUCUAUUAUUGAAGGCAUCUGAGAACUUCAUUGCUGCAAUGCAGUGUUGGUUUGGGGAAAAGCUGACUUAAAUAUCAUUAUUAUUUUCAUUUAAUUGUGCGAAUUGCAACUUUAAUGUACAUGACACUUUAUAGAGUGUUGUUGAAAAGGUCAGUUUGCUGAGGAGUUUGUAGUUGUAAGGUUCAUUAGAGAGGAAGAUGCCAUGGAUGAGGAGCAUGGCAAAGGCACAGGUAGUGGGGGUCUUCGAGCUAUUCUCUCUUCUCAGGUAGGACAGCUUGAUUGUAUGGUUGCUAUGCAAUCUUUGGGCACCAAGAAUUUGCAGAAUAUAAAUGUUGACAUAAUCUGGCUAUCCUGUAUGGAAGCUCAACUCAUAUAUUUACAGUCUCAUGUAGUCCCAACCACAGUGUUGCAAGGAUAUAUGAAUCAGCCUUUAGAGUUUGGGGCUGCAUGUGAGAGCUAUUCCCUACACACACUCAGCACAGUGAAGCUGAUGAAUACACAUCUGUAGAGCAUGUGUUAACCAUCGUCAUGAGCCUAUAAUCUGAUGUACUUAUUCCAGCCACAGAAGAAACAUUACAUUCUAAAGGAUGUUUCCACUUCAGAGUGUUGUUAAAAAGGAGGUGCAAAUGCUGCUGGGAAUUGUUUUGGCUUACAAUUUUGUCUUCAGGAGAGGUGGGGUACAAUGCAUUACCUUUUUAGCUUUGCUGUACAUUUCUCUGAGUAGUUAUAGUCCAAAAUGUUACUGUGGAACUUGCCUUGUUGCAGCACAGCUGGGAUUGGGGAUUUCCAUCAGCCUGUUAUGCAAAGCUUUCAAAACAUACUGGAAAGUUCAUUGGUUUUUAAGCUUCAAAGUGAAACUAGCAUCCUGGAUGAAGUGCAAAGAGAAUCAGAAUUGUGUUGCCCACAAGCAUGCAUGUAAUAGUAAUUCAACUUUUAGGAUAAAACUUGUGAUGCCGCUGUCUUGACCAGCUGGAUUAGACCAAAGAUUGAUCUAGUCCUUCAUCCUCUUUUCCAUAGUAGCCAACCAAAUGAAUUGGUUCCAAUCCAUUUUUACCCCGCCUUGCCAAUAAUAAUAAUAAUAAUAAUAAUAAUAAUAAAUAAUAUUUAUACCCCGCCCAUCUGGCUGAGUUUCCCCAGCCGCUCUGGGCGGCUCCCAAUCGAGUGUUGAAAACAAUACAGCAUUAAAUAUUAAAAGCUUCCCUAAACAGAGCUGCCUUCAGAUGUCUUUUAAAAAUAGGAUAGCUGCUUAUUUCCUUGACAUCUGAUGGGAGGGCAUUCCACAGGGCGGGCGUCACUACUGAGAAGGCCCUCUGUCUGAAUAAUAAUAAUUUCAAGGAACACAAAUUAGUUUACUUGAUUCCUGUUAUAAAAACAACCCUAUGAGGUUGUCAUGACUGUCCCAAGGUCACCCAGAGAGUUUCAUGGCUGAGUGGGGAUUUGAAUUCAGGUCUCCCUGGUCUUCAUCUGCCAUUCUAACCACUGUACCACACUGGCUCUGGAAAGUACACAAACAUGGUACUUUCCUGGAAAGUACACAAACAGGGUAUGAAGUCACCAGUCUUUCCCAGUGCUCAGCAUUAUGGAAUUCAUAAUACAUGCACUUCAUUCUUAGGUAUAGACUUUUCUGUUAGAUUCUUAGUCUGGUACACUUUAUAUUCUAUCUCGUCCAUCAUCCUGCUUCCCACAGUGGCCAACCAGAUGCCCCCAGGAAGCAGCAAGUAGGACAUGGAGGCAAUAGCAUUUUCUCAUAUUUGCUCUCUAGCCACUGGUUUACAGUAGCAUCCUUGUCUGAACAUAGAGUUGCGAUAUAGCCACCAUGACCAAUAACUGCUUAAUAUACCUGUCCUCCUUGAAUCUGUUUAAUCCUCUUUUAUAGCCUUUUGAACCUUCAGCUACCAUCACUUCUUGUAAUAGCAAAAUUCCUUAUGUUGUGCAUUGUUUGUGGGGAGUUGCACAGGAAUCUUCUUUUGAGUGGCUUGCAGGGUAUGUAAGGGGACUUGGGGCCAAUCACUGUAGAAUUCUAUCCCAGGGAUAGCCAACAUAAUGCUCUCCAGAUGUUGUUGGGCUUCAGCUUCCAUCAUUCCAGCCUGCAUGGCCUGUGGUCAGAAAUGGUGGGAGUUGUUUUCCAUGAACACCAUAUUGGUUGCCCUUAGUCUAUCUUGUUCAGUAAUCAUGUAAACUAGUUUGUCUUGUUGGUUGAGACUUAGGCAAGUAGUUCCUCACUCACCCUUGUCUACACAAUUUGCCUCUUGCAGCCUGUGUUUUACACUUCAUGAUUAAGUACAAGCACCCUUCUAUUUUAUUUUGAAAAUGUGCACCCUACCUUUCUUUUGCAAAACCCCCUCAAAGUGGUGAACAUUAUGUUUGAAAUAUAAAUAGGACAGUAACAAAAACAUGGUAUUGCAGUAGCAGCAGCCAGCAAAAUUUCUGCAUUAGCAACAACACAAAUAACAAAACUCAGUCAGCAGGUGCCACCAUCAUCAAAGGCCGUUUUUCACCUGGCAACACAGUAAUGACAGUGUAUGAGGCCAGGUGUGCCUUUUGGGUGGCGUGGGGGUGAGGGCAUUUCUAAGUGAAAGUGCUGUGACUUGUGUAGCUGCUCACUAGUGGGUCAGAUAUGGAGUAGGAUAUCUGAUAUGGCUCAAAGCAUAUAGAAGGAAACUAAUGUCUGGGGACAAUAAAGUACUGGAUAGAAGUGAACAAAUGUACUCUGUGCAAGACAGGACUAAUACCUGGGGGAACAGUAGGUCUAUGGAUAGGUGUACAACCAGCCUUGAAUGAAAUCAUACUCCCUCCUUGAAGAUGCAGGUUCACAGCUUGGGGUGCUUCUUGACCUAGCGCUACUCUUGAAUGCCCAUGUGGUAUUAGUGACUUUCUUUUACCUGUCACAUUAGUUUGUUUUAUUGUAUUGCAUGAUGAAAAGUUUCAAUAAAAUAUAUGAAGGGGGCAGACAUAAGGUCACAUGCAAUGAAUCUUAAGUUUCCUAGCAUAUGGAUUUACUGUAUUUUUCCAUGUGUAAGACGCCCCAAUGUAUAAGACACUCCCCUAUUUUGGGGGACUCCAAAUUAAGAAAACACCUCUUAGCACUACCUGUGUUUAAGACGAGCCCCAAUUAAAAAAAAAAAAUUGGUAAAAAAAACCUAGUCUCAUACAUGGAAAAAUAUGGUACUUGCCAUGGCAUCUUUUUGAAGUAAGCUUUAUUAAAGUUGCUUUGGCAAGUUUAUAACUGUUUCUUAAAACUAUGAGCAAAAAAUGGAAAGCAGGAUAACAAAUCCAAUUUUGAUUUCAGAAGGGAUCUUCUAGGGUUCUCUUCAUGAGAGACAGAGAGCACCAGGAAUUUUCACCCACUGAAAUUUAUUCUUAAAUAGCAAACAAUGCUGGAAUUAUAAUUUUUGGCAUGUAUACACAAGCACAAUUGACCCCUUGUUACUGCUGUUCUGAGAUUCUCUGCAUCAAGCUUUCUACAUAAGUGUUUAUUGUUUAAGAAAUCCCAGUUUUAAGGGUUUAACUGGGACUCUGCCUUUCAUCACGGAAUGCGCACACAUGCUUAUGUACUUCAGUAAGCGCUCUGCAUUCUCCAUGUUCUAGAAGUGAGAGUUGUAGCAACUUAUGUUCCCAGGACUACAUGUACUAUGAAGCUGAUAUUAUUAUUCCCUGUGAUUGAAAUGGGAUUUCUGAGUGUAUUUGAAGAGGUACUGGUACAUUUUGGGGGGAAGGGUGAUUGAUUCAAUUAACUCAAGGUUGUUCUUCAAGAACCUGCACUGUGGGAAAAUACUUUUACAACGUUGUUAGUUUCCAGUGUCAGGAUGGGCCGGAGAGACAAAAACACCCAUGAGUUUGGUAGUGGGAAAGAUUAACUGUAUUGUUACCACACUAUUUUUCAGGAGGACUGAAGAAAGAAGUUGCCCAUAUUAACAUCCUAAGGCUUUUCUUGAUCAGAAAAAGGCAAAUUGUGUGUGUGUGUGUGUGUGUGUGUGUGUGUGUGUUAAGACUGGAGUCUCACUGUGGAGUUUGCCAGUCAAGUUUCUGGCCCAUUUGUUGCUGAGAGAUUAGAAAGGUGGGUAGGAGCUGAGAACUGUGUACAUGGAUUAGGCAGGGCUUCAGUGCCCUACAUAGUUCUGUACCCUUUUCCCUUGGCUAGUCAAUUCCACAGUUUGCAACCAAUCUUGUUCCUUUCUGCCCUAAAUGAAUUAAAAACUUAGAGGCAGAAUAAACUACAAAUAUGAAAAUAUGUGCAGUACACUGAUGUACAUCACUACUCCAGUCAGAACCUUGAAGAUAGUAUCUUCCAUCUCUCCUACGAAUGGUUCACAGGCUAGAGAAUGCUUUUUAAAAAGAAUGUUCAUAAACAGAAAUUAUAGUUUUUAUUUUGGCUCUUGCAAAUUUGUUCUGACACCCUAAAAUUUCAACAAUGAGAGAAUUUAUUUUAAUAAGGGCACUUCUCUUUUUUACUUACAAAUAUUAAUAGCAUGUCCCCCUUUCUGAAUGUCGCUUAAUUCUUGACUGCCCACAAAAGCAGAGUUAGACUCUUGUUACAUGAAAGUAGUUUAAGAAUUCUUGUAUGAAACUGAAGCUGAUCAUAAUGCAUAGGAUUCCUGAUUUAUUAGUUUGGAACCCAUUUGGCAAAUACUUUGACUGAAAUGUACUUUUUGUUGCUGGUGACUCUGAGCAAGUGGGGAGUAAAUAGAACAGACCAGUGGAGGAAAACAUAUUUUUUAAAAUCCCCAUCCAGGGCCCAUGCCAGAGAAUAACCAAGAAAGAGGAAGGAGUAAUGUGUAUUCAUUAGUCUUAUGACUUCGAGUCACCUGCCACAAUCUUAUGAGUGAUGCAGUCAGCAUUGUUGUGUUGUGUCUCUCCCCCCAAUCCCAGCAGAUUGAAUAAAUUGUUGAUACCAUUACCCAUGUUUACUUAAAAGCAAAAUUAAAGUGCAUUCCCUUUGGUCUGGUACAUUCUUGAAGUAAAACAGAGUCCCAGACACAUAUACACAAGUUUUUGGUGAUGUUUGUGCAGGUAAACAAAUGGGCCCAUGGCCUGUGCAAAACACAUCCCAGAAACAUCCUAGAGUUGACGCUUUGGUGCUGGCACUCAUAUCUCCUCUCCUGAAUGAUAGACAUUUUGCCUAGAACAAGUGACUUCCUACUCAGUUCUAGUGUGACUGCUACAAGAGCAGCAUUGCAGAGAACUCUCACUGAUUUAAAAAGCUAAAGUACUCAAGCACACGCCAAGCUUAAUAAAAUAAUUUAUAUUUUAAGCUUCCAAAUGCAAAUUCAAGAACAAUAACUGAGCUGGGUUGAUGUGAAUGUGAAGUUCCUGGCAAAGUCUUCUUUUGGAGAUCUAACCACUUUUAUAUGUAGGUUUCUUACAAGUGCUCUGGCCCAUCAAAUUGUGUUUGCAUAUGCAUCAGAAAUGAGGGUAGCCAUCAUAUGGAAUGCAACUUUGACAAAAGACUCAUUUUAAAUAAACAGAUAUAAGGCCUUGGUAGGUCCUUGAUAGCUAUUUGAAUCAUUGGUCUGUAACCUCUUGUUCGUGCCAUCCUUAAAACUUCUGAGUUUAUAAGACAUGCAAUGGUACAUGGUGCAGUAGGUCAUUUAGCAGGUUAUUUUGAAGCAUUUCAUUCUGAGGGAGAGGGAUCUGUGGUACCAAGAGCUUCCGAAGUCUCAGAGGAAGAAUAUGUGUGUAUGUGUGAGAGGUUUUCCAUAAAAGGCUUCAAGCCUCAGUGAUCUAGCUGCUUAAGAUUAUAGUAGAUGCUUCUAACAGAUUUGGAUUUAGAAAAUGUAUACUCCCUUUAUGGGGAUUUUUUAAAAGCUGCCUCCCCACCCAGAUGUAAAACCAGAAACAGGUUUGAGAGUUGCCAUUGUUGUUUAAUGGGAUUCCUCAGUGACAGUGAAGAGUGAAACACUCACUGAAGUGGGAUGUUCAUAGGAGAUUGUUGCCAUCUUUUCCUUCUGGUGGGAGAACUGACCAUCCUUCUCCCCCCUCCUUCUUCCCCCAUCCCUUCCUGCACACAGUGGGGGCAAGAUUACAAGCUGAUGUAGACAGAACAUAUGCUUUAAGUACAUUUUUUUCUGGUAGGAAGGGUGAUCCUAUAAAUGGCUGGGAAGCUUUGCAGCAGGCUGGUCAGAUGCCAGAAUAUUCUAAUAGUUUGAGCUCACAAUGUUAUGUGCCACAGGUAAAAUCUCUGCCAUUUUGGAAGAAGGAAUUUCACUUUUUAAAUCAUAGGAUGUAUUUCCUCCCUAUAAACACCAAAUAAGUUUUCAGGAGAAGAAAAGAGCCAGUAAAUAUUUUUAUUUUAUUAAAACAACAACCCUAAGCAAUGGAGAGGAUGUAAAUAGUGUUGCCCACUGUAGGCAAUGGCACAGACAAUAUUCAGUGGUGCCUGCACCACUCAUGUUCAGAAUCACAGUGAUUCCUAUUGCUGCCAGGAUGAGUACAGCCAAGCUGAUUCCCACUCCCCAUCCAUUACAUGUAUAUUGGAUGUAGCACACUUGCUACCUAAUCAGGUAUUUCAGGACCAUUCUACAAGGCUAAAAUGUUGCAGGGGUACCCUUUAAAUCAAUAGUCUGGUCAAUCCAUUGGUGGUGGAAAGUCCUGCAGCUGCCAUUUUGGCUUCUGGGACUGUGCAAAUGUGUGUUUCUCUAUGGACAAACAGGUUUGGUAAGGUCUGUUGAAUAUCCUCUGGCACUAUAAAUUUGCUUAGCAAAAACAGCCUUGCUGAUUGCAAAUAUUAGAUUCUUAUGAAGAUCUCUUAUUUUCCCUUCUAGGAUAAAGAUAAAGUUUCUCUAACCAAGACUCCAAAAUUGGACCGGAGUGAUGGCGGCAAGGAGGUGAAAGAGAGAGCUACAAAACGGAAGCUGCCUUUCACUGUUGGAACAAAUGGAGAUCAAAAAGAUUCGGAUACAGGUAAGGGACUGUUUUACAGCUGAUUUUUAUAAGCCUUUCUGAGAGCCUCUUAGGCUAAUGAGCAGGGUAUAAGCACUUGAAAUAACUUCGUAUUUGCAAAAUGUGGCCUCCUGUGUGGAAUGGUGCAGGAGGAAUGUCUUAAGCAGCCUUCCUCAAUCUUGUGUCCUCCAGAUGUUUUCACCUACAACUGUCAUAACCUCCUGCCAGGAUAUUCAUGCUAGCUGGGGCUGAUGGGAACUCUAGUCCAAAUAUCUGGGAGGCAUUAGGUUGGAGAAUGCCGCUCUGAAGGAAUGUCAGUCUUCUGGGUGCCUCCAUUGUAACUGAGGUGGGGCCAACUGGGGAGAGGAGCUUCUUGGUGGUGACACCCUAUUUCUGGAAUUAUUGCUGCAAGUGGCUUGUUUGGCUCCUAUUUUGCUUUCUUUUGGCGCUAGGCAACUAUUUCCUUAGUUUCCCAGACUUUAACUGUUAAAAUGUGUUUAUUUUGUUGCUUAGUUUUUAUCUGAUGUUCUGUGCUUAUUGAUUUUUAAAAUUCAGUUAUGUAGUUUUUAUUGUAUGAGAUUAAAUUGAAGGACAGCAUAUAAAUUUUACAAAGAAAAUAAUGUCAGCCUCACUGGAUAGAUGAGAAGCUUUUGACUUCAAGGGUUCCAAUUACUUUUUUAAUUACGGUAACUUAUUAAGAAAGCUGUUCUGAAUGACAUGCUAGCAUGUGCUUUUGACAUACUGCGUAAGGCGUCUUUCUUUCUCCUCAACAAGCUGCAUCUCUGUUCACUCUGUUCAACUUACAUUGUUUGUGGCCUGGACAGACACACCGACUGUCCUAAAUAGUAUGCUUUAGGAAGUUUAAUGUUUCAUAGUAGUUGGAUUUACUACACUUUUGAGCCUUUGCUAUGCAAAAUUCUGAAUUCACAACAUCAGUUUACACUUUCUUCUCUCUGUGCCAUGUCUUACUGUUUAAAGUUUAAAGUUAUGUUGGUAUAAAUUGUAAGGAGGGUCUUGUUGGAAAGAGGAACCUAAAUUUAUAGUUUACCAAUGGACUCCCACUACCAAGAAGAAGCCAUUUGCUUAACAUUUGCACACCAUAUGCAAGUACCUAAUCUGUGCCAGGGAUAUCAAUAUGGUGGUAAUUGAACAUUGGAUACAAUUGAAAAGGUGGUAUUGUUUGUUUUGUAGGCAGUCGCUGGCAGUUUACAGGAGGAGGGAGUGGUGCCAGUACUAUGUGUUUUGAUACAUUUGUAGUUAUCAUACACUUGAACGUCUUUGCUUCUGGCAUUGUUGAAAUACACUAAGGUGUGCUUGUUCUUGCCAGAGGAAUGGGGCAAUUUACAGUGCUUUCUUCUUGUUUUGGUCUAUGCUAGCUUUCUCCAGUCUGCUAUCCUCCAGAUGUUUUGGACUACAGCUUGCAUAAUCCUUCACCCCCUUAGCUGCACACAUUCACUUUCUUGACCCAUGGACGUAUCUGGCAACUGGAUCUGGGAAGCCACCUUCAGUUUUAUGUACCCAACAUCCUCCAGAGUAACUCAUGCCAGUCAAAUUGUAAUAUUGUGGAAAAUAAUGCUAAGAUCUUCCAUCUUCUUGCACAAUAAUUUGAGUGCGUGUUCUGCAGUCUUCCUCUAGGCUGAGCUUAGGGCAGUGAGGUUGGCAUUCAAUACCCCUGCCAAAAGAAUGAGGAAGAGCUGCAUUUGUUGGUCAGUCCAAACAUAUUGGUUCAAAUAGAGUUCCAGCAAACCCCCCCCCAACUUAAUACCAUGUUAAUGUCCAUUUUCUUCUGCUUUUUGCUUGGUUUCUGGUAUUGGGGCAAAGCAAUAUUUCUGAUAGCUGCCAAUUUAUAACUUUCAGGGGUUUUUUUUGGGGGGGGGGGGAGGAAUUAAGUUGCACUUCUCUAUCUUCUCCCGCAUCUCCCAUCUCAAUGAAUUUGUGUUGUGUUACCAAAACAGUGCAGCAGUAAAGUACAUCGGUCUCCUUUUGCUUCUUAUGAUGAGUGUGCUGCAUAAAUAGUGGGCAACACAGGAAGGCUGUUUUCAAAUGUAUUUUUACUGUUGCCUGCACUAAGAAGCCACAGUUGGCCCCAUUAUGCUGAGUGCAGUUAUCAACAUGGCUAGAUGUGUCUCACAGAUGACUAAUCAUUCCUAUGAUGCAGCCUUCCCCAAGCUGGUGCCUUCUGGAAGGUUUGGAUGGGUGGGAGUUGUAGUCCAAAACAUUUGGAGUGUACCAGCUUGGUGAAAGCUACCAUAGUGCAUCCUUGUUUGUGAAAAUGCUGCCUCUGUGAUUCAAUGUCUCCAAGGACUUCUUUUUCCCCCAAGUGUAAAAUUUGCUUCUAAAUAUAUAUAAAGUGGGAAUUAGGAAGUCUCACUUGAUGCUAGAUUUUCUCUGUCCCUAAAAAUCACAGUAGAAAUUGGUGGAGCCCUUAGUAUAGCAGCAGGUAUACUGGGAAUUAGAGGUGCCUUUAGCUGUAAGCCACUAUGUUGGGCAUGUCAGUCCUCAGAAUGUAAGGUUGCCAACUUCAGGGUGACAAGUUUCCCAAAUGUCAUGGUUAGUAGGAGGAAGAGCACCAACCCCAUCCUACUUUUCCUAUCAGUGCAGUGUAGGGGCCUUAUGCCAAUAUUGUGUUAAGCUGCUUGUGGGCCCCCUCAUUUUUAUGAGAUUUUUGCUGUGUAAGCUUGCAGGGUUGUGUGUGUUAAGGCAAGUGAGCAGUGAUCCACAAUUUAUGCCAUGUCUAGGUAGCCAAGCCAAAAAUUAUGCUUGCCAGGACACUGUGCCCCUCCUCUGGUCUCUGACCUUAUGAGGUCAGAAACAACACCUAGCUUCAUGUCUGGACCUGAGAAGGGGGAUAGCGAUCAUACCUGCAGUUGCAUCAGGCUUCUACAGCCCAAUGUAACUCCUGCAAUGUUCACUACUCCCUGUUCCCUGCUCUAGCUCCAAAUGUGGAACUAUGGGAGGGAGGGAGAGCAGGAGAUAGUUUUUGUUCCUGGCUGCCAGGGUCCUCUUAGUGUUGACACCCAAAAUACUGAGCUGUCCUCUCCAACUUAGAACUGGAGUGGGGUCUUGGGUUUCCCCCAUUGUUGCACUGUGCUUCUUUGUACAGUGCAACUGCAGGGAAUAUUUCAGACCUUUUGAAGCUGGACAGAAAGACUGGAGUUACCGUAUUUGAUCACAAACAGGGGCUGAUGGAACACUCAAUACAGCAAGCAGACUUGUGGACCCCUUAAGGAUGCAGACAAAACUAGGUCUCAUUUUUUUAAAAAAAUUGCCCCAACGCACAUUAGAGAAGGGAACGAAUGCUACAACUUCUCCUUCACCCCCGCCCCGCAACUUAUACUAAGUCAGUAAAGCCCAAGUCCUUAGAUUCCAUAACUUCAAGAACAAAUCAUGACAAAUCAAACUUGUGAAAUAAAUGGACACAUGAGAGUGAAGUGCUUGUUUGCCAUCUGAGUUGAUUAAGCCAUUGUCUCCAUGGCUGCUAAUCCUGGGAUGACAAUCCUCCUCCUCCUCCUUCUUGUUGUUGUUGAUGAUGAUUAUUUGAUUGUUACACAAAAAAUCUUUAAUAAAUACAGUGGUACCUCGUGUUACAGAUGCUUCAGGUUACAGACUCCGCUAACCCAGAAAUAGUACCUCAAGUUAAGAACUUUGCUUUGGGAUGAGAACAGAAAUCGCGCAGUGGCAGCGGGAGGCCCCAUUAGCUAAAGUGGUGCUUCAGGUUAGGAACGGACCUCUAGAAUGAAUUAAGUUCUUAACCCGAGGUACCACUGUACUAAUAAAAAACCCAAAGUGAAUUCAGCACUUGAUUUGUUUACAAAGAGAGAAUUGGCAUUGAUGUCAUUUGAAAAAGGAGGGAAUACUUAAGGAUUAGAAGAACUCUGGGUGGAGAUUGCUCUUGAAGCAACUCUAUAUGGCUGUUGCUUCUGGUGUAUGAAUAAUGCAUGGUUGCACUUAAGGUCCAAAAGUAGUCUAUGUGUUCUGUCCAUAGUUUCCCUGAUGUGACAGAUUACACAUGGUUCCUUCUUUCUUGUUUAUCUUACUCCCGUGUCCACUCACGUGAAAACUACAGCAGCCUCCAGAGCUCUUUCCUCCACUCCUAGUGGUAAGAUGCAGUUAGUAGGCAUCUGUUCACUGGAAAUGUUUUUGAAGUCACUCCCACUCCUCAGCAUGAGCUGAAAACAUGUAGGACACACAGGAAGGCUGAUGUGUUGAGGAGAAAUAAGCAGCUUUAUUAUUGAGCUGCGUUAUUUACAUCUCAGUGUGAUGAUUUAGAAGCACAUUCUCAGAAUGCUAAACAAAGGCUUUUCCCCCACUUAGUAUGACAUGUAGAAGAUGGCCUGCACACAGUGUUCAAGCUCAUGUUACACUAUCAUUUUUUAUUACUUGUAGGACAAAUAUCAUACUUCUUGAACCCAUUCAAAUAGUCAGGUUUAUAGAAUCAUAGAGUUGGAAGGUACCUUGCAGGUCAUGAAGCCCUGCUGGUGGGAAAAGCACACUGCAGGAUCCCUGAUGUCUGCUUAAAAAUCUCUAAACUAAGGUGAGUCUGCUACAAUUGAAGUCAGUUGAAGCUUCAGAUCGUUGUGCUGCAAGCAAAGCACAAAUGUUGGUGAUGUGUUUGUUUUAAAAGGCAGACCAGUAUUAUACAGAAUGGUAGAGGUGGCAUAUUUUUAUUGGUUCACAGAAUUCCUGAGAUGGUUUCCUGCCUUGUUCUGUAUAAAAAAGUGUAAUCUGUUUGGGAUACCUGAUACAACACUCUCUGUUUUGAGGGAACAGUCCAUAAGUCUACCUGAUAUUUCCCUCUUCUGAUAGGUCUCACAUUUUGUUCCUCUCAUUCCCCCCCCCCAUGCCACACCCAGCAGCCUCCAAAGUGUGCUAGAAACAUUGGCCGUUCCCCAUUUUGGGCAACUGUAUUCUGUAUAUAAUUAUGUAUGAUGCAGCCAAGACAGAAUGGAACAAGAAAGCAGAGGCCAAGAACAUAUUUUAGAAAUCCUUUCUCACUAAUGCGGCCCCAGGCAGCUCUUUGGUGCUGUGUUGAGACAAGGGCUUGGAGCUCUUCCAAAUCUAAGCUCGGCACUCUUCAGAUCACUAAAUCUGGUGAUGGGGUGUCUCAGCAGCAGGAGCCAUAGUAGAAGGGCUUUGAAAUGACCUGAGUGAUGGUAAAACUGCUGCAGUUGGUCAGCAGGGGAAGCUUCCAAAAAUUCUGUCUUUGCUCUUGUUGGCUGUAAUCUCCUGCCUGAUUUUUUGUGAGCUGCUGGCUGAGUCAUGGAUCUGACUGAAGGUGCCAAACUCUCCCUCCUAGAGCUGCAUGUCUUCUUCCUUUCUGUAUAUCUGUAUUGUGUCAUGUAGUCUGCUUGCUUCUACAGUUUCAACACAUGCUAUUUAGUGGUUGGCAUGCUAUUUCAGUUAGGCCACACUGAAUGCUUUUAACGUAUGCUCUGAAUUCCCUUGAGUCUUCUGUUUCUGGUGGUUGGAAGAUGCAGCUAUGGCUUUCUGAAACUUGACUGGGUUGCAGGGCAUAGAGUAUGGAUGGAGAACCAGUGGCUUCUAGGUGUUUUCAGACUCAACUCAAAUUAGCCUCAGCCAGCAUGGCCAGUGGUAAGGGAUGAUAGGAGUUGUGGUUCAGCAACAUUUGGCAGUCCAUAGGUUACUCACCCCUGGCAUAGAGAGAGGCCUGUUUAAUAUUAAAGCCUUCAGGAAAUUGGCCAUUUUGAAACUGAGGAACAGAGCAGCUUCUCAAAGCCACACACAGGCUACCAUAGUCCUUUUUGCUCUUUCAAAUGAGAAUAAUAUGGCUGCUGCUGUUACAGAAGGAGGAGAGAAAGUGAGUGGUAGACUUUGUGAGAAGAAAGCCUUUUCUCUUUAUGGAGGUCCAGAUGGUGGUAGUGGGCAAAUGUCAAGUAAUUAUGGGAGACUGUUUAUUUCUCUCUAUAUUAAAUAUUUAUAUCAAAUAUUGAUAUGCCACCAAGCCCUCCUAAGGUAGCUUACAUAAAACUCUUAAAAUAAGCAGUUUCCUUUAAAACAUAAAGAAUUGUUUAUUUUUUUCAAAAAUCCAGUGAUACAGCUAAAAACAGCAGCACUUUAAAAUAUUAUGCAUCCUGCUCGCAGCACUCAUAAUAAAAAUACUGAAACAAGCCUUUGCAAAUUCUUAGUUCCAGAUUGCUCCAAGGUAAGCUAUUGUGAUCUGAUGUCUAGGCUUUUAAGAAUAAAAAAAUAAAAAUAAAAAAUUGUCCGGUAGCACCUUAGAGAUCAACUAAGUUUGUCUACCUGAAUCUAGGCUUUUAGGGUUUAGUCUUGUAUUGAGAAUGCAAAAUGGGUUGCAAUAUUUAACAAUUAAAUCCUUGCAACAAUACCAUGAAAAUUGUCAUUCUGUUUUGUAGAGGUAAAAUGACUUUUCUUAGCUACAAGGGUGCUCCAUGGUUGAACUGUUGUUUAAAACUAAGGUCCAAGUUCAACAUUCCUGCCAUUGGCUGCUAUUUAGUAAUGUUAUUUUGAGGGGGAAAUGAACUUCAAUGGCACUUCUCCCUACCACACUUUUAUGGGGUAAAAGAAAUCCACAAUACUAGAGAAAUAAAUAAAAGAUUCUACAUUUCCUUUAUCUGUCACCAAAACAUCUUAGGGAACUCUUCCAAAUAUUAAAUCAUUGCAACAUCUCUCCUAAGGUGCAAGUGAACAGCAUGUUAUGGGCAGUCUUUGGGUCAGUCAAGCUUGGCUAUCUUUGGAGUGGAAUGCAGCAGUUGUUUACCAGCACAGUGCAAGAUUUCACUGUUGGUUACUGUAGGAAGGGAGAAUCCAAUGCUCAUUCGAAGCUGGGGGUGUGGGGAAAUCUUCAGAAGGCAGAAGGCAAUUUAAACCCAGUGUGUGGUAAUCUGAAAACUGCUGCCCUUAGAUCCAUCUGUGGAAGAUUGAUCAUUAACCUGCCUUUUUGCCUGUCAUUCUAGCAGCUGCAGAUUCUGCCCUGUCAUUAAGCUGCUGUGUUUUAAGCUGCUUGGGUGGUUUUAUGCGCGCGCACACACACACACGCACACACACACACACGCACACACACACACACGCGCGCGCACACACACACACACACACACACACCUUGUCUUGUUUUAACUUUAAUCCUGUAUUCUGCAGUUCCUUGUUAAGGUAGAGGAGGGAGUAGAUGAUGCCUGACUCAUGAUGUUUGUCAGAGGUGCAUAGUCCUUGCAGUGUGAUAGCAAUGCCGAUACUGUGAAUGUAAGAGAUUGUGUUGCUGGCCAUGGUCAUCUUCCUGACUGCUGUAUCAGUGCAUUCAAGUUGUGAGUCACACUUCAGUCCAAGUCCGGAGUUCUCUUUAGCACCAGAGCAAGAGAGAGUACCAUAAACAAGCACAGGUGAAAAUAAUGGAAUUUCCCCAAAACAAAUAAUAAAAGGUCCCCAAAACCUCACACUGCCCAGCUUCUCAUCUGUGCAGCUACUAUGACUAAGACUUAGUUUAGGUGGAAAUAGCCAACCUGUGUUUGGGCUGUGCCACUUCAGGCAGCAGGGGUGUGUGCACAUGACAGUAUGAUCCUUCAUACAUACAAUCAAUCAAUCAAUCAAUCAAUCAAUGCAUUCACGCACAUAAGAAAACUAUCAAGUCAAAGAGAAUGACAGGCUUGAACAUUCUUCCUGAUAUACCUGCAGUCUGAAGUGGUACAGCCCAGCCACAGAUUUUUUUUAAACAACAACAAAAAAAAACACCUCAUGAGGACUAGACAUAAGUUUUGGUUACCUCCCAGCAUUGGACAUGUUCAUAAAAAUUGGAAUUUUGCAUUGCACUUUACCCAGUACAUACAUGUGAUUAGGGAAUUUGUGGAGGACACUUAGCCUGGUAGAUGAAGGGAACGCAGUGGAUGUAGCCUACCUUGAUUUCAGCAAGGCAUUUGACAAGGUGCCCCAUGAUAUUCUUGUAAAGAAGCUGGUAAAAUGCGGUCUUGACUAUGCUACCACUCAGUGGAUUUGUAACUGGCUGACUGACCGAACCCAAAGGGUGCUCAUCAAUGGUUCCUCUUCAUCCUGGAGAAGAGUGACUAGUGGGGUGCCACAGGGUUCUGUCUUGGGCCCGGUCUUAUUCAACAUCUUUAUCAACGACUUGGAUGAUGGACUCAAGGGCAUCCUGAUCAAAUUUGCAGAUGACACCAAACUGGGAGGGGUGGCUAACACCCCAGAGGACAGGAUCACACUUCAAAACGACCUUGACAGAUUAGAGAACUGGGCAAAAACAAACAAGAUGAAUUUUAACAGGGAGAAAUGUAAAGUAUUGCACAAAUACAAGAUGGGUGACACCUGGCUUGAGAGCAGUACAUGUGAAAAGGAUCUAGGAGUCUUGGUUGACCACAAACUUGACAUGAGCCAACAGUGUGACGCGGCAGCUAAAAAAGCCAAUGCAAUUCUGGGCUGCAUCAAUAGGAGUAUAGCAUCUAGAUCAAGGGAAGUAAUAGUGCCACUGUAUUCUGCUCUGGUCAGACCUCACCUGGAGUACUGUGUCCAGUUCUGGGCACCACAGUUCAAGAAGGACACUGACAAACUGGAACGUGUCCAGAGGAGGGCAACCAAAAUGGUCAAAGGCCUGGAAACGAUGCCUUAUGAGGAACGGCUAAGGGAGCUGGGCAUGUUUAGCCUGGAGAAGAGGUGGUUAAGGGGUGAUAUGAAAGCCAUGUUCAAAUAUAUAAAAGGAUGUCACAUAGAGGAGGGAGAAAGGUUGUUUUCUGCUGCUCCAGAGAAGUGGACACGGAGCAAUGGAUCCAAACUACAAGAAAGAAGAUUCCACCUAAACAUUAGGAAGAACUUCCUGACAGUAAGAGCUGUUCGACAGUGGAAUUUGCUGCCAAGGAGUGUGGUGGAGUCUCCUUCUUUGGAGGUCUUUAAGCAGAGGCUUGACAACCAUAUGUCAGGAGUGCUCUGAUGGUGUUUCCUGCUUGGCAGGGGGUUGGACUCGAUGGCCCUUGUGGUCUCUUCCAACUCUAUGAUUAUAUGAUUCUAGAUUCUUGACUCCAAGUGAUGAGAAAAAUGUUUUCUGCUUCUUCAAAUACAGGCUUUUCAUGCUGCAAUAGGAUGUAAGUUUCCUCUGAAGUAAAGAACCAUAAAACACACCGGUGGUCUCUGAAAGCAAGCCUUGUAUUUUCACUUAUCUGUCUUACUCCAGUCCACCUCUGUUCAGGCUCAGGAACAACUUUUCACAUACACAAUCACAGUAAUCCUUAAAACAAUCUGAAUGACCAGUAUUAUCAUCUUCAUAUUGCACAUGGGAGACUGAAAGGAAGUGCUUUGUCUAAAGCUAAGGGUUCAUGCCUGAACUGAGAUUGGAACUGAGAUGCACUGUUGUGAUCAUGAGAUACUGGGUUAGGAGACCUGACUGGAGGCUACAAUGAAGCACUAGAACUUACUGCAAUGUGUUGCAGGCUUUCAGAUAGACUUCUUCACAUCAUGAGAGCCAGAAAAAGUCUGUUGCUACUUUCAUGAAUACACAUAUGCACAUCGUGUGUCAGAUUCCAGGACUAGGAACCAUAUUUAAAUUACUUUAGAGUCAGUAUUGUUGUUUUUGUUGUUUGUUAUUACUAUUAUUGCGAAAGUGACACAAAGUGACUUACAAUGCAAUAAUAAAAACCUAAAACCAAUUACAGCAAACAUACGUAUUAAAAGCAAAAGAUCCUCACAUCCAUGAUAUGACCAAAAAGACACGUCUUAUAGAAUCUGUCCACUAAAAGAGGCCACAUGUAUUUGAAAUCCGUCAAAUAAAGAGCAAGGUCCAUAUCAGUUCAUAGUCAGCUGUUGAAUAUUUCCCCUAAUAAAUUCCAUGGAAAACUCUGAACAAAAUCAACUUUGGCUACAGUGUUAUAUUUACGAUAUGCCAUUUCUGGCAUCAGCAGCUGCUCCUGUUGAAGUGAUGUCACAUCUUCAUGGCCCUGCGAAGCACCUGAUACACUAAGGAGAGGUGUUGCCUAACCCCCAGAUUGUCUUCAUUUAGCAAAUAGGUGGAGCUGAAUCUUUCAGGCUUUGAAAGAACAGGGUUAUAUUGUGACCUACCUUGCUCUACACACCUGAUCACCUUUGUGGCAUGAAGAAAGGCAGGUCUAGUUGACUCCAGUGUCUUUACAAAACACUGCUGUGUUUCAGCAUCCACUGUGUUAAUCUUUAAACAUGUUUGUGAUGCUAAUUAGUGGAUUAGCAAUGCGUGAUGAGUCAGAUGAACUGUCAGCUAUUAUUCCCCACCCCCCCAUCUUGGAAUAUGAACAUUGUUGGGUUGCUUAACUGGCUGCUGCUGAUAUAGGUUGAACUGGCUUCCAUGGGAACAGGCUUGUUAGUCACAAGUUGCUUAAUUGGCUGGAGAAUCCAUGAGAAUUGCUGGCGUAUUGAGAAAUGUCUUAGUGUAUGAAACUGUUACUUGUUUGCAUUUCUGUUGCUGGCUUUAAUACCAUCCGUGCAGCUGUGGACUCCAAUGGGCUGUUCUGCAUUGGGUCUUUAUUUGUGUAACUUUAGCCCUUUUGCUUAAGGGGAAAAGCCAAGAGACUGUCCUCACCUAGCAACCAUAGAAUUAAAUGAAUGGGGGGGUGUCCUUCCGAGCCGCACCCUAUAAUGGUAGUACAUUGUACCUAGUCUAGCACACAUCAUUCUUAGAAACUGCAGCACUAGUUACUCAGCCAUCUGUGAAAUUUGGCAUUGAGGAUCUGGCUUGGGGGGGGGAGGGGUGCUGUCCUGUCGUUUUGGCCCUGGCAACUUCCUUUCUGAAAGGAAGAAAUUGAGAGCAAGCUUCAGGGACCGAGAAAUAUAUCCAUCAAUACUAGCCUUUCCUUGUUUAACAAAUGCUGUUAUGAACAGUGUCAAAUACUUCCCAGCCUGGUAGGUUGGUUUAGGGAUAAGGAAUAGAAAUGGCUUCUUUUCAUUUCCUGAUGGGCUACAGUAAAAGUAUGAAAAAUAUUUUAAAUUCCUUGGCAACAAAAUAAUUUUUAGGAGACUGGGCAGGAAUAGAAAGUAUGUCAGAAAUAUUUUCAUGCAACUUGUCCCUAAGGAGGGAGUGGAAACCUCAGACUCAGAGUCUAGAAAUGGCCCUUCAGCCUUCUCCAUGUGGCCCUGAAGAUGCUCCCCAGUCCACACCCAUUACUGGCCCUGCUCUGUGUUCUCCUUGAUUGAUUUUGGCUGACUGGAGUGUGUGCUUGAAUUGUGAUAAGGCCUUGCUUGCCCGGAUGGAAAGGUGUGAGGGGUGUGUGGAAACCUCCGACUUCUCUGUGGCUGUAUGUAGCCUGCUGCUCAAAGGCAAAAGUCGUACCUGUUGCUCACUUUAGCCUCUGUCUGUGGUCAUCACUGUGAAAUGCUGUCCACAAGUGAAUUCAGCUGUUAGACUGAAAAGGGUCCCUCACCACUGCCAUACAUUUGUGAGUACAAAACAUGCCAUUUGACCCACACUGUUUGUGGAACAAACCACAGCUUCUAAGUGACAGUUUCCACAAUUGCAGAGAAGCAUUUUCCAGCUGUUGUGAUCACAGGGAUAAUUUUCAACUAACUCUAUCUGCAUUCAAUCAAAUGCUUCCCCAAUAGCAACCAGGGCACAUCUCAUUUUGGAUGUCUGAAUCCUCCCUAAAUUAUUGUAUUUGUGUGUCUGGGGCUGCAUUGAUCACUCUACUUUAGACAAGAGCUUGAAGAAGCCUCUAAAUGGGACCACGGGGCUAUCUAAGCUGUGAAGGGUGGUUGUUGUUUUUUAAAUAAUUUUUAUUGACAUUUUCAAAAAAAAAUCCAUUAAUACAAUAAUACUUCAAGCAUCAUAUAAAUCAUUUCUAUCCCAAUUUUCCCCCAUCCCCCUGGACUUCAAUCAACUCCCAUUCUGGUUUAUUUUCAUAUUACCCCAGUUCUUGCUAUUUCCCUAGCCUAUCCUAAUUUGAACUUUAUAAUCUUUUAAUAACAAUUAAUGCUGCUAUUUGUAAGUGUUUACUCGAAACUUACUAAUGAGUCCAAUUCCUUAUAUUGUUUUUGUAAAUAAGCUGCAAAUGGUUCCCAGUCUUCCUUAAAGGAUUUUUUGUCCUUAUUUCUUAAUCUGUCCGUUAAUUUUGCCAUUUCGGCGUAUUCUGUAAGUUUUCUUUCUCAUUCUUCUUUAGUUGGUACUUUAUCACUUUUUCAUCCUUGCGCCCAUAAUAUCCUUGCUGCUGUAGUCGCGUACAUAAAAAGUCUGUGUUUCUUUCUUGCCAAAUCUUUACCUAAAAUUCCAAGCAAAAAAUCUUAUGGGGAUUUUACGGAAGUUAUCUUGAACAUUUUUUUCAUUUCAUUAUAUGUCAUUUCCCAAUAACUUUUAGCUAUAUUACAAUUACACCAUAAAUGAUAAAAAGUACCUUCCUUUUCUUUACACUACCAGCAUUUGUUGGAACUUGAUUUAUACAUUUUAGCCAUUUUUCUUGGCGUAAUAUACCAUCGAUACAUCAUUUUGAUGUAGUUUUCUUUUAGUAAAAUACAGUCAGUAAAUUUUAAAUUUACUGUCCAUAAUUUCUCCCAAUCCUCCAAUUGUAUGUUAUGUCUGAUAUCCUGAGCCCAUUUAAUCAUUGUAGAUUUUGCUUCCUCGUCUUUAGUCUCCCAUUCAAAUAAUAUAUUAUAAACCUUUUUUUAAUAGUUUAAAAUUUUCAUCUACAAUUUCCUUUUGAAAUCUAGCUGUGAAGGGUUUUUGAUUUCACUCGGAUGCCUAUUAGAACAAUGAGUUUGGUGCCUCUUCAUCUUUGCUUUAAAUUGGAUUUACAGGUAAUCUAAAUGGGAUAGCGUGAAAAUCUAUACUUGUCAUCCCUGUUUUGAAUAGCUUGGAUGAGGAAUUGCAAUCCUUUUUUCUUUUUCAUGUGUGUUAAGAUAAUGUGCAGGUCACCGGGGUCUAACAUGGAGGAGGCAUUUGAGUAGGUAACGCUGAGAUCAACAACUCAGCUUUGUUUUGUCAUGAGGAUAUCAGCCACGUACUACAUAGGUCUGAUGGUGGAGGAGAAACAUAGGAGACAAAAUCCAAUUUUUAGGAGCCUGUAUUUACCGUAUUUUUCGCACCAUAGGACGUACUUUUUCCCUCCUAAAAAGCAAGGGAAAAUGUGUGUGCGUCCUAUGGAGCGAAUGCAGGGGGGAGGCAGGCGGGAAAAGCCCCCAAGAGCCGCACACAAGCUUCAUGCACUCUUGCGGGCUUUUCCCCAGGAGGGAGAAGGGACUGACUGGCUGCAUCAGUCCCUUCUCCCACCUCCCAGAAAAGCCAGGAGAAGCCGCGCAGCCCCUUUAAAGAGCUGGCGGCUUCUGCCCCCCCCUCCCAGAAAAGCCAGGAGAAGCCGCGCAGCCCCUUUAAAGAGCUCACGGCUUCUGCGGGCUCUCCAGGAGGUGGGGGAAGCUGCAGCGGAUUCCCUCCUCCCCGGCUCCCUUUGAAGCAGCAAAGUGGGAGGGGAGCAGCUUACACUCGUGUAAGCAGCUCCUCUCCCAGCUUCCUGCUUCAAAGCAAUCACGGAAGAUGGAAGGAAGGUGAUCCAUGCAGCAGAUUUCCUCCUCCUGGGCUCCCUUUGAAGCAGCAAAGUGGGAGGGGAGCAGCUUACACUCGUGUAAGCAGCUCCUCUCCCAGCUUCCUGCUUCAAAGCAACCACGGAGGAGGGAAAGAAGGGGACCAUGGAUCCUCCGCUGCUCGUGGCUGCAGCGGAUUCCCUCUUCCUGGGCUCCCUUUGAAGCAGGAAAGUGGGAGGGGAGCAGCUUACACUCAUGUAAGCAGCUCCUCUCCUACUUUCCUGCUUCAAAGUGGAGGGAAUCCACUGCAUUUGCGAGCAGAGGAUCCAUGGCUCCGCUUCCUUCCCUCGAAGCAGGGUGCGGGGGUGCAGGGGGGGAAGAGGGCAGGAAAUAGAUGCCGGGCAGGAAGACACAACCACACUUUGACCACUGGAAAGUCCACCUCAGCUUCCCCAGAUUUCCACUGAGAUGGCCAGGCUAAUCUCAAUGGCCAUAAGUCAGGCUCAGCAUUAUUAACUGGACUUAGAUAAGCCAUGGUUCCCCUUCCUACCCUCCUCUGAGGCUCGAUUUAAAGCAGCAAAGUGGACAGGAGCCGCCCGCUUUGCUGCUUUAAAUAGUUUAGUGCAACAUUUGAUUCAAAAUAUUUUUGUGUGUGUUUUCCUCCUCUAAAAACUAGGUGCGCCCUAUGGUCAGGUGCGCCCUAUGGUGCGAAAAAUAUGGUAAUUUUCAGGCAUGUGGGAUUUUUUCCAUAAUUCACCUGUGCAUGUGAAGCAUUUGAAGAUUCUGCGCAUUGCAGUAGGAAUCAUAACUACCUUCAAAAGCACCAGGAUGGUUAGAACUAAGGCAUAUACUUAAUCAUAGAACUGUAGAGUUGGAAGGAAAUUUGAGGGUCAUCUAGUCCAGGGCCCUGCAAUGCAGGAAGCUCAACUAUGCCAUCAAACAGGACAUCACCUGCAGAUCCUGCAAUAAAAUUUAGGUCUGACCACACCUGAAAUACUGUGUCCAGUUCUGGGUGCCACAAUUUAAGAAGAGUAUUGACAAGCUGGGACAUGUACAGAGGAGGAUGACCAAGAUGGUAAAGGGUCUGGAAACCAUGCCAUAUGAGGCAUGGUUGAGGGAGCUGGGUAUGCUUAGCAUGAAAAAGAGGAGACUGAUAGCCAUCUUCAGUAUAGGAAGGGCUGUCACAUGGAAGAUGGAGCAAGCUUGCUUUCUCCUGCUCCAGAGGGUAGGACCUGAACCAAUGCAUUCAAGUCACAAGAAAGGAGCGUUCUACUAAAUUUCAGGAAGAACUUUCUGAUGGUAAGAGCUGUUCAGUAGUGGAAUGGACUCCCUCAGAAGGUAACGGACUCUCCUUCCUCAGAGAUUUUUAAGCAGACAUUGGAUUGCCAUCUGUCAGGGAUGCUUUAGUAGAGAUUCCUGCAUUGCAGGGGGUAGAACUAGAUAGUUUGCAGUAGCUCCAAAUCUGGGAGAGUUUUGUACAGUUAAUACCAAAUGGUUAAUACCAAAUGAAAAACAACAAAGCCAGCGGACCUGAUGGGAUACCUGCCGAAGUCUUCAAAGUGGACAGAAUUGAACUUACACAACAACUUCACAAGCUCGGGGGGGCUGGGCUGGGAGAGAGAGGAGAUCCCAGCAGACUUUAGGGAUGCCAAAAUUAUCCAUCUCUUUUAAAAGGUGAUAGAAUGGAUUGUGGACACUAUCGAGGCAUCUCUUUAUUAGCUGCGGACAGCAAAAUUCUUGCAAGGAUCUUAGCAAACCAUCUCCUAACAGUAUCUGAGACUACCCUUCCUGAAUCCUGAAUCCCCAAAUGGUUUUUGACCUUCUAGGGGGACAGUGGACAUGAUUUUCACCGCUCAACAGCUUCGCUUCAAGAAAAAUGCAGAGAGCAAAACCAACCCCUGUACAUGGUGUUUAUUGACCUGACUAAGGCCUUUGACACUGUAAAUCAUAAUAUCCUGUGGACUGUCCUUCUGAAAAUUGGUUGCCCAGAUAAAUUUGUGAACAUCCUUCGGCUCCUCCAUGAUUAUAUGACAGCAACAAUUGCAGAUAACAAGGGCUUUCAACGUGAACCACCCACAGUGGGAUCAGGUGUUAAACAGGGCUGUGUUAUUGCCCCAACUCUAUUUGUUAUUUUCAUCACUAUUAUCCUACACUUUGUCGAAGGGAAACUCCCCACUGGAGUAGAAAUCAUAUAUCGGACACAUGGAAAGCUCUUUAUUCUGAGCAGGCUGAAAGCAAAGAGUAAGGUUACCAUAACUUCUGUCAUAGAGCUUCAGUAUGCUGAUGACAAUGUAGUGUGUGCACACUCAGAGGAUGACCUCCAAGCCAUCCUAAACAUCUUCGCUGAAGCUUACGAAGAGCUUGGCCUAUUGCUUGACAUCUAAAAAACGAAAGUGCUGCACCAACAAGCACAAAACAACCCCUCUGCAGCGCCACAAAUCCAACUCAGUGGUGUAACGUUGGAAAGUGUUGAUUGCUUCUUCUACCUGGGCAGUUAUCUUUCCACAAGGGCUGACAUUGAUGCCAAAAUCCAGCAUCGCCUGAGCUCUGUGAGUGCAGCUUUCUCCUAAUUAAAGUGAAGAAUGUUUUAGGACCGGGACAUUCACAGGGAAACCAAAAUGCUUGUUUACAAAGCUAUUGUACUAUCAACUUUACUCUAUGCUUGUGAAACAUGGAGCACUUAGAAACGCCGUCUCCAACUCCUUGAAAGAUUCCAUCAAUGGUGUCUCUUCUCUGAAAAAUUUCACACAUCACUUGGGAAGACAGGCGAACUAAUGCAAGUGUACAGUGGUACCUCUGGAUGUGAACGGGAUCUGUUCCGGAGUCCUGUUCGCAUCCAGAAGCGAGCGCAACCUGCGUCCACGUUGCGAUUCACCGCUUCUGCACAUGCGCAUGACGUCAUUUUGACCGUCUGUGCAUGCACGAGCGGCGAAACCCGGAAGUAAUGCGCUCCGUUACUUCUGGGUCGCCACAGCGUGCAACCCAGAAAUACUUAUCCUGAAGCUACUUCAACCUGAGGUAUGACUGUACUGGAAGAAGCAAAGAUCACCAGUGUCGAAGCAGUGAUUCUUCAACAUCAACUUCAUUGGACUGGUCAUGUUGUUUGGAUGCCUGAUUGUUGUCUUCCAAAGCAACUACUCUAUUCUGAACUUAAAAAUGGAAAGCGUAAUGGUGGUGGUCAACAAAAGAAGUUUAAAGACUCUCUCAAGGCAAAUCUAGAAAAAAGGUAGUAUAAACACCUACAAUUGGGAAACACUGGUCUGCGAGCGCUCCAGUUGGAGAACAGCCUUUACCAAAGGUGUCAUGGACUUUGAAGACACUUGAAUUCAGGAUGAAACGUGCUAAGAGGAAGGCACAUUUGGCAAACUCUCACCGUUAUCAACUCCCACACAGAAACCUAUGUCCCCACUGUGGAAGGACGUGUAGAUCCAGAAUUGGCCUCCACAGUCAGUUAGGGACUCACUUCUAAGAACAUGUCCAUGGAAGACAAUCUUACACGGCUACGAGUGAUCGCCAAAGAAGAGUGGAGAUUCCUGCGUUGCAGGGGGUUGGAGUAGAUGACCAUGUGGAGUCCCUUCCAACUCUACAAUUCUAUGAGUCUGUGAUUCUAUUAACUAUUUGUAUUUUUGUUAGAGAAUUUGUGUGAAGCUCUUCUGUUUAUUAAGGUAUUUCAGGGCAACUUUUCAGGUUUCCUCUUUUCUUGAUAUCCUUCUCUUCUUUCACCCCCUCAUUUCUCCUUCUCAAGCAAACCUACUUGGCUCACCAGCCUGGCCCCCAUUUUCAAACUGGUAGCUCUCCCAUAUCAACUACUGACAUGUUUGGCAACUUAUUCCAUUUGAUUGGUCAAGCAUGCUCUAGGCUUGUCCUUCCUCCCCUGUCAGUUACUUUGUGCUAAUUAUGUACUGCUCUUUCAGUGUCAUUGCAUGUUCCUCUGGUCCCCAGCCCAUUUUCCUCCUCCUGCCUUUUGUAUAUUGUGGUCAUAUGUUUGUGCAUUUUACAUUAACAAGCUUCAGCAAUCUCUGUUUGUGUUCUCCCUACAUGCAUUCCCUUCCUGAUUUCUUGCACUAUGCACGGCUGCCCAUAGAAGCUGGAGCUCCAACCCACACAUUUCAAUUCUGCAAUCCCCCUCUCUGAGUCUUGGAUGUGCUCAGGUAAAACCCACUUCCGUCCAUCUGAACUGACAUUUGCUAAAGCACAAGCAUUUUUAUGUACUGCCAUGCCUACUGUAAGAAUGAGUCACACUCUGCAUAUGAGACUGUGAAUAAGAAAUGCAAGGCCUGUCUUGUGCUUCCUCCCAGGGGCAUAAUCUAUCCUUCCUCACUGUCUGUGCAGUUCUGAUUUAUUCUUAUUGAUCCUUUGUUUGGCUAUGUACUUGGGAAGGCACUCUUCAAAAAUGAAAGUCUUUUAACAGGACCAGGAGGUGGUCCCUUCUCCACAGUAUCUGUAAGAUAUUGUUUGGGGUAUUACCUGCCUGUGCUUUUCUUGCCUUGUCUCUGCAAUGAUGCUUCAUCUCCCUCCCCCCCAAAGUCCCAUCUUUUGUAAUGAGUGGAAUGCUGCCUUUGGAUCUUCUCUACCCUGUAGUGUUAAGAGAUCAGUAUCAAACCCACCCCCCUGCUAUUGCAUUUAAACAUUCCUCCUUCCAUACCCCAUCUCCUCAACCCUGAGCGUCACCUGUGAUUUAGUUCACUUGUGCUAAAAAUGAAGUUGUAAAUGGAUUGGGGUGGGGGGGAAUUUCUGGUUAGAUCUAAACUAGACUUAUGACUACCAAUUCCAGAUUAAAGCAUGUCUGUUUAAUGUAUAACCGGAAACCUAAUAGAAAUCCCAAGAACCAUUUGAAUGUAAGUGAGCAAAGGUUUUACUGUCCUCAAAAUUAUAUUUAUUCUCUCCUCUUUGAUUUAUAUGUAAUAAAAAAAAAGUUAAAAGCAAAUUCCUAUUUCUCCACUGUAGAGGAGCAGCAGAGUUGAAUCCUGAAUUCUUGGCUUGUGUACAUUUUUCAUGCCAGUAUUGACUUAGGAUGAAGUUUGGAGAGUUGCAUCGAGGAAAGAAAGAAAAGCCACUGAGCUGGAAAUAAUAAGCAGAGCUUGAAAAAUCCCAAGUGCCUGGUUCCUAGAAAUUUGAGACUGAUGCCUAAUUUUAUUUCUGGCUGCUCCAAAGCACAUGUUGGUGCCAGGAUAUUCAGCACUUAAAGUCUGCAUUCCUGAGAGUGGCAGGCUGUCCAAUCCAUGCAUGGCCCCAGCAGUUUGUGCAUGCUUGUAACUUCAGGUUAGGCCAGGCCUAUUCUACUGUUCCUGUCCACACCUGAAGGAUCAAUAAGAGUAAAUUACAAUUUUAUAGACAGUGAGGGAGCAUGCACAAGUUAGGUUUACCUAUCCACAUUGCAGAACAGAAAAGUUGUGGAAUCAGCCCAGCCUGUUUAGUUCCUUUAACACGAGUCCACGUUUUUCCUUUUACUGAUGAGCCACAUGGAUAGCUCAGGAACAAAGUAUGCAGAGGUGCCUUAACCAGAAAUAGAGAAUAUCAGAUUAAAUUUCAGUGGUGGGGAAUUAUAAGAAAUAUCCCUGACUUGGCUUAGACUGGGGAAACUAUGCUUUUGCAUCUGUUUUCUGGCAGGGAGAUUACUUUGCGAAUGAAGCAGUUUCCUUGAUACGUAAAAAGCCAAUAACAACUAGAAUUGAGUGCCAUGUCAUUGGCCUUGUUCCUCCAUCUGUGCUGUCUUUUGGUCUGUGCUUGCUUUUGCUUCUCUUGUGCCUAUAAAAUGGACUUGAGGCACGUGCAUGUUUCUGAUUAUGAUUGCCCAGUAUAGAAGAGACGUGGAUGACAUUGCCCUAGCAAUAGACAGAUAUAUAUAUAUAUAUAUAUAUAUAUAUAUAUAUAUAUAUAUAUGGGGUAUAUACAUGGUUCUCAUUUAUUCAGUGUAGGGAACCUUUGGUAAAUUAGUCCUGCUGUUUGUUUAUGAAAUAGAUUCCAAAUCACAAAUGUUGCUGUAAGGAAUUAUGAAAUAACUAUGACCUUUCAAAAACAUCUUCAGCUUCCAGUUCUGCAAAAGAUAGAGAGUAAUAAACCAGCCAGAUAGCAAGUUAAAUCUAUAGUACUGUGUUUCCAUUUGUAAAUCUAGUGAAAUUCAGGAAGGCCUGUUCAAACUCCUUUUUAAAUAGAAGUUGUGGGGGGAGGGGUCACAACAUAGAGAGGAUGUACACAUUUUUAUCACAGAUCUCCUGCAAAUCCUUCAGUAUAUUUUCCCAACCACUAACUAUUUCCUGUCAUCUGCCUACCUUCUAGGAGAGUAGAGUCUUUUCAGUUGAUUUUUCUGUCUCAGUUUCUAAACCAAACACAAGAGGAUGACAGCACAUCCUCUGCAGUUUCUAGUCAGCUUUUCCCACCCACUCUUUUGUCCUUCCUGUUUACAUACAUACUUGCUUGCAGGCCAGCUAUGGGUCUUACUGUUACACUUAGUUGACUUUGCCAAAACUUUUCUGAGUGACUUAUAGCAGACUUAACCCCUUGGUUCUUCCACACAGGACGGAUAUAAAUCCAGAUUUAAAAAAUGCUUUUCAAAAUUUAAAUAGGAUCUUUCAGAUUUCUCAAAUCUUCAGUUAUAGAACAUGUAUACUGUUUGAAAAAAUAUAAAUUUAAUACAAAUGUGUUAAAGCAUGCACGUAGUAUCUUACAAAUGAAUUAUGACCACCUAACAAACAUACUGUGUUAAAAACUCCUUUUUUGGAGGUGGGGAAUGGAAACCAUGGGCACAGCGGAAUACUUAAUUCAUAGGUAUACAGGAAACUGGCUUAUAUUGAGUCAGAGAAUUGGUCCAUGUAGCUCAGUAUUGUCUACACAGACAGUGGCUCUUCAGGGUUUCAGACUGGAGUCUCUCCCAGCCUUACUUGGAGAUGCCAGGAAUUGACCUUCUGUGUGCAAAGCAGAUGCUCUACCAGUGAACUGUGGCCCUUCCCUGAGGUUAUUGUUGUGGGGUGUGUGUGCUGACUUUUCUAAUUCCUGCGGUCCUGGUCCAGCAAGGGUUAAAACAGUUUAGUAAGUCUAGAAUAGAUAGAAUUUAGUAGGUCCUUGGUUGAGAAAUGGGUCUGCCUGAUCAAACUGUCCUCUUUCUUGUGUGUCAUGUUAAGACCAGAAAUCAAGCAGAGUGAUCAACAUGUGCCGUAUCUCUUUAACUGAGCAUCAGCAUUUUGAGGUCAAAGGGGCAGUAUAUUUCAUAUACUUUUUCCAUCUCCAGGGUCCCAAGCAUUCCUAGUAUAGUUUCACUGAGCAGUUUCCAUGAUUUGCAGCUCACUAAAAUACAGAUCUCCUGAGCCUGAAAGUCCUCUUCAAAUUGGAAACACAAUUUGCCACAUGAAGCAAACUAUGCAAGUGAACCAGUUUCCUUUCUCUGCAUAGUUUAUUCUAACUAGAAAAUAUGUAGUUGUAUUUAGAGCACUUGGAGUCAGGGGCUAGGUCAUGGGUAGGCAAACUAAGGCCCAGGGGCCAGAUCCGGCCCAAUCGGCUUCUAAAUCUAGCCUGCGGACAGUCUGGGAAUCAGUGUGUUUUUACAGUUUUUACAUGAGUAGAAUGUGUGCUUUUAUUUUAAAUGCAUCUCUGGGUUAUUUGUGGGGCACAGGAAUUGGUUCACCCCCCCCAAAAAAAAAUAGUCCGGCCCCCCCACAAGGUCUGAGGGACAGUGGACCGGCCCCCUGCUAAAAAAUUGCUGACCCCUGGGCUAGGUGAAUGAACAAAGGCAGAUGAUAAGCCUGACAGGAGAGAAUAGCCUCACAGAUAUGGAACUAACUAGGCAGAGAAAAGGCAGAGCAAAAAUAGCCUGUCCCAGCCAAUCGGGAGGCAAAGCUGAAUUUGUAAAAAGGCAGAACCACAUAUCAUUUCGCUCAGUUUUGCUGUACUGCAGUACACCUUAUAGUUCAAUUCUAAAAGGCCUUUCCCACUCAGAUACACAUCUGAUGCUAUCACUGUUUUCCCCCUGACAGAGACCCUAACCCUUCCCAUCACAAGUGGUGUAAGCUGCUCCUUAGCUCAGAAUUCCCAAGGUGUAACCUUUACGGUACCUCAAACUGCCACCAAUUCUCCAGACACAGUGAGGUAAAUUUGAGUUAAUUCUCUCCCUCAUAGCAUCAUUGGAGUGGAGCAUUUCUCCUCCACUAAUGAUGUAGGCCCUUUUGAGCUGUCUCUCUCCAUUUCAUAGGUAAAGAAGGUGAAAUGCCAAAAGAGACAAAGAAGAUGGUAAAAAAGUUGAAGCAAGCACAUGACAAGGCUAGGAACCAGAUUCUGCAUUGCGUUUACUGUAACCACAAUAUUCCUUCCUAUGAAGGAUGUAAAUUGAGCAUCUCCCAAAGUCUGCAUUCACUCAGUCAGGUCCAUCUGUCUAAUUCCAGCAUGUUAAAGUGAGAGUGCGGAAGUCUCUUCAGUUUAUUUUUAUCCCUAUCGAUUUCAGGCUUCUAAUGUUAAGUGUUCCACAGAGGAGGAAUUUUCUACAGUUGCAGAGUUGGUAAGAUUAAAAAUUUAACAGUCGCAGUCAAACUUCAGAGGCAGAGUUUUUGUGCGGAGGGGAGGAUGACUGGGGGCUCGCUCUGACAGCCCGGUAGCAUCUCAGUAGUAUUAAUGAAAGCAUUGGUGUUCUAAUUAUAUACUCACUUUGUAGGAAUAUGCAGAAAACAGCCCUUCAGCAUCUAUUAACCUUCUACUUCAGUUUGUUAGUAUUUUGUAGAUCUUGGGUAGAAGGGUCUGUCUGGGAUUUGUUGGAUUUCUUCUGUUACACAAGUAUCACCAAGGAAAAUCUUACCUUCCUUGAAAAAGUUACGUAGGUGAAGAAAAUGCUUGCUGCUUGUUUCACUCUCGUGGCUCCUGUUACUGGUAUUUUUCCCUGAUCCAGGCACUGGCAACUUGACUGCAGCACAGGCACACAUGCAGAAAAUAUAUGAGCUGGAAGACUGUAGCUCACUUGCAUUUCAAUAUACAGACAGUUUAGCGUACUCUGCAUGAAUGAUCAUUCUCCCCUGAAAAUCUUGAAAGAUGUUGAAAAAACUUACAUUGCUCUGCUUCUGCUGAGUGGCUCCCCUUUUGUCUUUCAUGUCCUGAUAGGUGGCACAUAGACAGAGGCUUCGGUGAGCCAUGUAACGAUUUGCAUUGAAUCAGGUGUCUUUGGUUAAUUGCCCACUAUACUUGUUUUGUAAUUGUCCCAAACUAAAUCUUUUCUCCAGUGAAGUCAUAUUCCAGUUUGGGUUUAGAUUCAAUAGGAAUUCUUUGGAAUAUACAUUAUUCUAGAACAUGCUUAUUUCCUCCAGUAAGUGUGGGUGCUCACCCAUAGCGCUGGAGGCAUGUUCCUUCCUAAAUAUUUUCUAUGUGGUUCAGAGUCCCCUGCAAUCUGUCGCAUUAGAGGAUAUGAAGGGGUCUAUUUGGAAAUAAUUUCAAAGAAAUUAUCCACCAUGAUCUGGAUGCCACAGUUAAUGCAGAUCAGCCAAGGGAUCUGCUCGGGAAACCAUCUGGUUCAAUUUUGUUGGGUGAUUUUAAUUUAUUAAGGAACAAGAUUCUUGGCUGAAUCCAGCCAACCACCUGUCUUCUCAGUCACUGCCCAUCUUGGCUUAUUGCAUCUAGCAAGGAGCAUCUAGCAGGGAGGGAGGAUGGCUGAAACCAGGAAAUAACUGUUAUAGAGACAAAGAGAAAGAAAUUCCAUCUACCUUUAAAGGAGGCUGUAGUAAAGUGCUCCCAAAGAAACCUACCUUGGACUCAAAAGCUGAGAAUAGCUGUUGGCUAACAUUCCAUUAUUGGGUGAGGUCUUAAGAGGGUAUUCCAGAAGGUGGUGCUUAGAGGGCUUCUGCUGCAUUCCAUAGCAUUUAUGCUUUGGGGUCCUUAGGGUUCCAUGUUAUUCCCCAUGCUUUUUAACAUCUUCAUGAAACUGUUGUGGUCAUCUGGAAGUAUAGUGUGAGGUGUCAUCUAUAUGUGGUUGGCACCCAGCUCUACAUUUCUUUUUUAUCUUAUGCAGGUGAGUUGGUGGGAGUGCUAAAUCAGUUCCUGGAAGUGGUAAUGGGUUAGAUGAGGACUAAUGAACUGAAGGACAAUCUAGUCAAAAGAUGGAACUAAGUGAUUCAUCUGCCUAAGAAAGUGGUGUUCAACCUUUAUAGAGUUGGCUACAUUUCCCCUAAAGAAUCAGGUUUGUAGUCUGGGGCACUCAUUGAUCCAGCUUUGUCAUUGGAUCCACAGGGUAUCUAGCCUUGAGCACUUUUUAUCAGCUAUUACCCUUCUUGGACUGAUAGCCUUGCCUCAGUGGUAAUCUUCUGUUCAGACAGUUGAAAUGCGUUGUAUGUAGAGGUGCGUUUGAAAGUGGCUGGGAAACUUCAGUUAGUUCACUAUAUGGCUGCAAGACUGCUAACUGGGACAGGGUAAUAUGAGGCACAUCAUUCCAGUGCUUUGCCAUCAUUGCUAUCACACAGUUUGUUUCUGGGCCCAAUUCAUUGUGCUAGUUUUGACCUUUAAGGCUCUUCAUAGUUUGGGACUAGGGUACCUGAAGGACUUUCUGUCUCCACAUUCACUACCUGGACUUUAAGCUCUUCUUCAGAGGGUUUCCUCUGAAGACUACCAUAGAAUGAGGGGGAUUUUCCAGUGGUGACAUUGUGGCUGUGGAACACCCUCCCCAGAGAUAGUAAUCUAGCACCUAUCUUUCAGCACCAGGCAAAGACCUCCCCCCGCCACCGCCUUUUACAGUGAUACCACGGGUUAAGUACUUAAUUCGUUCCGGAGGUCCGUUCUUAACCUGAAACUGUUCUUAACCUGAAGCACCACUUUAGCUAAUGGGGCCUCCUGCUGCCGCCGCACCGCCAGAUCACGAUUUCUUUUCUCAUCCUGAAGCAAAGUUCUUAACCUGAAGCACUAUUUCUGGGUUAGCGUAUGUAACCUGAAGCGUAUGUAACCCGAGGUACCACUGUAAUCUGGUUUAGUUUUAAGCCAUUUUCACUCUCUGCAGUAAUGCCUGGGGUUGACUGUGUUUAUAAUUUUAUUGGGUUUAUGGUUGUGGAAUUUUAAACAUUGUUACUAUUUGUUAGCUGUCCUAAGAACUUUUCUUUUAUAGAAUGGCCUAUAAAUACUGCAAAAAAAUAAUAGAAAGUUAUGGUUGUGGUUGUGUGGUGGUAAAGGAAAUACUCUUCACACAUUCUUCUAGGCCACAUUUUCCAGGGUUUAGUCCUUGCUCUGGAAGCAGGUACUGUAUUGGAAUCCCCAGUAAACUGUGGCUUAAAGAAGCUGUAUGUUAUUUUGGCCUGCAUAAACUGCUUAUGCCAGGGUGGUCUUGUUAGCUUCUGUUGAAAUUUAUGUCUACAGGCUGGUCAUUAAACUGCCUGCAGAGUGCAGGAUGAAUUGGGGAAAGAGUUUUUUCUGAUACAGGACAGCAAUAUGUUUCUUUAAAAAACAAAAACAAAAAACUUAAAACAUCAAAGGAAACAUCCCAGGGAAUGUACCUGCCUUCCCCUUUUGUUGUUGCAGUCCUGUAUAUGCAAAAAUAAAGUAAAAAGUAAUAAAAGGAGCAGCUGACUGUUGUCAUACUUAAUAACAGGAAUCUUUCCCCAUGUUUAGUACUAGCUAAAUGACCACAAAGAAUAGAAGAAAAUGACCAAUAAAGGGGUUGUUACUAAUGAACUCUAGGGAUUGGUGCAAGAAGCAACAUUUGGUAUGUACAAUAUAAAAAUGGGUCAGGAAAGGGCUGCAUGGUGGGGAGGCAAAACUUUGCUGACUAACAGAUUUUAGAGCUUUCGAGGCUUAAGGACGUGACAGAAUUGGGUAAUGGCAGAGAAACAGGGACAGAGGAUGCAGGAGGUGUUGGAGAGAACAGUAUGCACCCAUUGUUCUUGCUUUGUUUUGAUCAAGUGGCAGCCCAGGGAAACAUCCAAGUGUGUUUAGCUGGGUUAGAUCAAGGAGGCCACAAAAAUGAUCGCUGCUUUGACAGAAGAUAUUCCCCUCUCCCCUUCCAGUAGGAAAAGGGCCCCAGAGAGAGCACGUAACAAUCUUGUUUUUUUAUAUAGAAAUGGUGUAUAUACCCUGCUUCAGCAAUCUCUCAAAGCAGCUUACAAAAAGCAAGAUAAAAUACAUAAGCUAGCACACAAGUAACAUUAACUGGAGACAUAGAAAGUAGACCCAGAAAAAGUACUACUUCGUACAGCCCCUUGUUGUUUAUGGAAUCCAUUGCAACUAGAUAUGGUGGCAGCCAGUGUCACAGGUGGCUUUAAAGGAAGUCUAGACAAAUUUUUAUUGAGGAUGAUGGGGAUUUUUUAUCAAUGGCUAUUUGUUAGGAUUGCUAUGUGGAACCUCCAUUUUCAGAGACAGUCUACCAUUUAAUUCCACUUGCUGAGGGACAGCAGUGGAAGAGCUGUUGCCUUGUGCCCCGACUACUUGAAUCUUGUAGACAUAUAUCUGGUUGACCACAGUUAUAAAUAGGAUGCUGGACUAGAGGGUAUGAUCCAGCAGGGCCUUUCUUACAUUCAGUACAAGAAGCAGUGUACCUACAAAAUGGCAGCGAAUAUCAGCAGCCUUCCCCAUCAUCACCCCAAAGCAUUUAUGAAGUUGGCAAAAAUGAAAGUGCUGAAGGGAGGGCUUUUUACUUUUGUUCCUAAUUUUUAAUGGAACCACCCCUGGUGGUGGCUGAGGUACUGGAAAUUUGAGGCAAGUAAUUGCAAAGUACAGGCUACUUCCCAACACAAAAGUAACAAAGCCCUUCUCAGGCCCUCUAAGAAGGAAUCCAGCAGGUUUCCGUUCCUGUCCUCAGCCAGCUAUGAUGGGCUGGUAAGUGGAGCACAAGAUUUCCACAUCUCUUUUAAGUUAUUUGAUCUCUAAUAUAUUCAAGUGUUGACUUUUUGGUGUCUGAAUUGUUGUAACAACCAUUCCUCUUUGGGGCAUGAAUGAAAAACUUUUCCUCUAUAGAAAGUAAUUCACAUUUUCAGCCCCUGAGAUCUCGAACCAUUUUUGUAUCAGGAACAGAGUCUGUCCCCCCCCCCCCCCCAUGCUAAGUUCACGAGUCCAUCUCCACUGAGUCUGAAUUAUGUUUAUAUUUUUUGCAGUGUCACCCUUGUGUGAUGAAGGUUCUUUUUUCUUUGUUUUUUUUAAUAACAGAACUGAUGCUAUGAUUCAUGCUUAUGAAAAGGCUGUGGUCAGUUUAAACUGGUCCUGGUAGCCCAGACUUCAUUUCCUCAGUCAGCAUACACCUCUGAAUAUGGCCACAGCCUAGUUAGGAACAGAGUGCUUGGAGGUGGCCUGGUGGGGAAUGGUGUUCAAACAAACUCCAGCUAUCCUUUCUUUGGCAAAAUAGGCACCCAGGGAGUGUAAAGAGAUGUGGCAGGUAGCAUCUGGAAUCUCUGCUUCUUAAGUGACAUUUUUUGAGGGGAGAACUAGAUGUUAAACAAUAGAGGAAAGUGUUAAUUUGAGAUGGUGCAAUAGAACCGAGUAAAGCCUGAGGUUGGCUGUCUUGAGAGCAAGCAUUUUGCUUCCAAGGCAUUGCAUUGCCAAUACUCUGGGUUCAGGAGUUCACAUUUAUCUCUUGACUUCAUUUUAGUCAGGCUAUUGAAGACCAUCUGUCCACUCACUAGGUAUGGUUUAUCCCACUGAGGCUUUUGUUUUCAGAGAGAAGAUGUCAACCAAAAACUUGAGCUAUUUAAGCAGUGUUGUGUUUGGUAUGUUGCUGGCUCAACUGUGACUUCGCUGAUAAGGCAUCCAGACACAAGCACAACUAUGCAGUGCCCUGGUUUAUUUGGUGCCCUAGUUCACUUUAGCCACUGAAAUGAGGCAGCACUCCACCAAGACAGGUUUUGUCACAAGCAGCAUUUUUAUAAGACAUCGAGGGGGGAGCACAAAGUCAGAAUAGCCCAUGCUAUUCCAGAAUCAGAGCAGCAUGCUCUUUCCCAACACGAGAUCUUUUUGCUCUAUCUGUAGUUACAUUGUACACUGUGGAUAAAUAUUUGUCAGUUAGGAUAUGUUGUGGAAAGGACUGAACCAAUGAAGAGGGGAAGAAAAAAAAGAGGCUGUACGUUUCUUUUUCUAAUAAAUUUUAUUUUAUUUUACUUUUUCCAUUUUGUGGCCUUUUAUGCCACUGAUUUCAUUGUUGGCUCUACUGCAUCAGGAUGAAAGAGCAUUGGUCAAAGAUUUAUUGUUGAAGCAAUAUAAAUUCUCUGUUUAACCAGGCUGUGGAACAUAAUUUCUUUUCUUUUCUUUGUACAGUUGUUAAGCAACAUAUGCUACAGUUCAAACUGGUGUGUGGUGUGUGUGUCUUUUCAUUUGUUUUUGCCUGGGGAACACAUAGUUGUAGUUCCCUUCUUGGAACAAUCUAGAUGGUGUUUGUUGUGGAGGAAUCACAUGGUCCUAGCAUUCAAACUGCAACAUUGAGAGGGGAGGGAACUCUUGGAUGGGGAGGGUGGAAAGACAGGUGUUUGGGGAGGGUGUGGAAAGAGAAAAAUAGGAGGUGACAGAUUGGGGUCCAGAGGUCUUUACUAGUAAAAGAGAAAAGAGCUGCUAAGGAAUGCAGAUAAUAAAAUGGACUAAUAGAGAUGGAGUGCAAUGAGAACUGUGGAGUAUUGAAAAGCGGGGGUGCCAGUUAACAGAUGGGGAAGAGAGAGAGAGAAUGCUAUAGGAUGCAGAGGGGAAAGGAGACACUAAGAAGCAAACAAUUAAAAUGUGAUAAAAAUGUUUUUCUAUUAGCUGUGCAGCCCUCUUGAAAUAAUGAAAAGGAUCCUCAGUGAUUUGUGUAACAGGUCAAAUAAGCACAUCAAGGUUUUGAUUGGAUUUGGUUGCAUAUAUAUCCUUCUCAGUGUUGCUGUGCAUGGGAUGUCUAAAUUGUCUCCUAUCAGGCACUGACCAGUUUGAGGCCUGCUUACCUUGUAAAGGUUAAAAGUAUUGUUUGUGAUCUGCCUAGUCACUGGUUGGAAGCAAUUUAGAAAAGGAAAGAGGAAGUCUUAUGCUAUCUGUUCUGUGGAGAUUUUAGGAGAUUGGCUAUUAUACUCAAGGAUUCCAGUUGUUUAAAGCUCUUGCUAAUUCUGGACAGAGGCUGUGAGAGAUAACAGUCUAGGGGAUUUCCUGUCCUCUGGAACAAGAUACUUUCAGCCCAUCUACGGCAGUGUCCCUAGAUUUAUUUUCAUUCUAUGAAAAUCCUAGUUGUCUUCUGCCAAUUGAUAACGGAGUCAUCAGGUGUGAUCUGCUUUAAGAAGCAAGGAAACUUGCUUAGUUGAAAAUUAUAUUUCCCCUCAAUCUUAGGGCUCAGUUUUGAAGAUAGCAAUGUUUUCUGAUAUCAGCAUAAUCAAUUAAAUAAUUGCAUUUCUAUUUAUCUAUUUAUCUAGCUCCUGUGCAAGAGUGUUGUAUUUUGUGUUCCAGUAUUUAGUUUCUUGAUUUCAAAGGAAGGAGUGCUCACUUAAAGUUGAGUGUGUGUUUGUGCAUUUAAUUUGGGUCUUUCAGGAGCCAUGAGAUGCUUGCCUGUUUUUUCUCUGGAUGCCUAAAUAUAUUUGUUUACAGUGAGCCACUGCUGUGCUGGACUAAAACUUUUGGUAAAGAAGUUGCUUUAGAUAAUGCUUAUGUUAUUCACAUUGUAAGCCACACAAAACUAGUUGGCACAGAUGUGUCCAGUAUAAGUUCAGUGCAGCAUCUGAUGUGGUUAUACCACCUUUUUCUAUUGAGUCUUCAAUCAUCGUAUGUGUUAAAACUGAACUGGGACAUGCUCUACUCUCUACUCCCUAUUCGUUGAUGCUUCUCUAACAUAUUCUGGCAUUACUAAAGCAUAUUUAGGCUUGUCAGGACUAGGUUUUUAUUCUACCGAGCACGGAAAAAGUAAUAGGAGUGAAACCUCCAUGGAAAACAGAAGUGUUUACUAGUAAGCCAUGCGAUGUGCAUGACAGUGGUUGUUCCACUUUUCUCAUAGAGUGUAAGCAAGUAUGAUUUUGUUGACUUAUACCUUCUUAUUUGGACAGUGUACAAUAUAAACUUUUUUAUUUUCUACAUAUACCUUUGAUUACAUAUUUAUUGAUCCUGAAACUUUAAUUGCAUAGAAAUAGUUGUGUCAUGCCUCCUGUAACAAGUUAGCACUUGAAUAAGAGAGUAUUGAAAUAGCCACAUUAAUUUUAACUGCUUAAAAUGACCGCAUUAAUUUUGGGGAAGGUGGAGUGGGAGCUAUGGAGAAGAUAACUCUUCUGGCAAGGAGGAAAUUAGAAUGCUCCUGAAGAGGGGAAAAAAUCACAUUCAUUGAAAUUUGCACACUCAAAGCUGAGGAGAAUGGGCGAAGGAGGAGACUUAAGGGAGGGAAUGGAAUAGCAAAUCACUUUGUCAGGUCCUGCCUUGGGGCUCAGGGAGAAUGGUGUUCAUGCUCGGCCACUCAUUCAGACUUGAAGGCUGCUGCUGCUUAUGCCAUAGGUCUGUUUGUUGUACUAAAAAUAAAGCUUCCCAUUAAGCCAUCACAAGCUUUCUGAAAUAUAAAUAUGGGCCUUAUGAACAACUAUGUAGCCCACAGUGACCUCUCAAAAUCUGAGUGCUCCAGAUGGAAACUGUUGGUAGAUGUUCAGUGAAGUAAACCCUUUCCCUCAGAAUUUGUGAGUGGCAGCACUUACCCAUUGCUAUUGCAGUGCACACGUGUGUGUGUGUGUGUGUGUGUGUGUUGAUUUGUCUUGUUAUAAUGCUGUAAGUCUGUAUGUGGAAUGGCAGAUUUAGUUAUACUGUAUUCUGAUUUUUUUAUCUCGAGUGGCUGAUCUGGCAAACUCUUCAGACUACCAGAAUGUUAGCUCCAUCCGAUACAGUACCAUGAGAUUAACACUCCCCUUUAAAAGGAAUGAUUUGGGGGGGGGGGCUGGCUUUGAAAAGCCAGGCAGAGCAGGGCCUACUUUUGGAAGUAGGAAUAACACCACAAGACUGAGGGAGUUAACAGUACCACUCUGUUCUGCCUUGAUCAGACCACACCUGGAAUACCGUGUCCAGUUCUGGGCACCACAGUUUAAGAAGGAUGUUGACAAGCUGGAAUGUGUGCAGAGGAGGGUGAUGAUCAAGGGUCUGGAAACAAAGCUUUAUGAGGAAUGGUUGAAGGAGCUGGGUAUAUUUAGCCUGGAAAAGAGGAGACUGAGAGGAGAUAUGAUAGCCAUCUUCAAAUAUCUGAAGGACUAUCACAUGGAAAAUGAAGCAAGCUUAUUUCCUCCUGUUCUGGGGGCGGGGGACUCAAACCAAUGGCUUCAAGUUGCAAGAAAGGAGAUUCCAACUAAACAUCAGAAAUAACUUUCUGAUAGUAACAGCUAUUUGUCAUUGGAACACUCACCCUCAGGAGGUUGUGGAGUCUCUUCAUUAGAGGUUUUUAAGCAGAGGUUAGAUGGCCAUCUGUAAUGGAUGCAUUAGCUGAGAUUUCUGCGCUGCAAGAGGUUUGACUAGAUGACCCUUGGGAUCUCUUCCAGCUCAACAAUUCUAUGUUUCUAUGAUUCUUAAGGUUUGGGGUAGCACAACCUGUUUUAGCUUGUUAAUGGGCUGCCUCUGAAAGUGUGUACACUUCUACACAAUUAUGAAAAAAGUGUGCCUGCUUAAGCACAUAUCUGUUCACUCAUUCCAGUGUAUUUACCCCAAGUAGCUGAUGAGUGGCCCCAUUAUUUCCAGUCCACACUCAGCCACUGUAUCUUUUUCUUUCAACUAGUUAUUUGGGAAGGUGCUCAUCAGCUGCUGAAGUUUGCUAAAGGUGCUGAUCGUAUUCAUACAGCAGCUCUGACUCUUCCUCAGCAAUUUUCUUGUUCUGCUUUACUAAGCAAACCAAUUGCCAGGUCCUUGCUUUUCCUAUCAGGAAACCCCUUGCUUCUGUUCCUACAAAAUCCUAAACAGAGAUAGGUGUAAAAUAAUUGUGGGCAGGGGCAAAUUGCAAGGGUCUAAUUAAGAAGUCUAAACCUAUCCUCCACCAUGUAUUGAGUUUGACAGAUGUUACAUCUUGUGUGUUAAUGAGCAUAUCACGCCCAUUUUACAGCAGCUACACUUGUUUUCAGUUUGUUUCUGGGCAGGAUUCAGGGGGCUGGUGACUAUGCUUGAAGCCUGAGUCCAGGUAACCCAGAGAGCAGCCUCUUUGUGUACCAUCCUGCUGCUCCCUUCUUCUCUUCAUCCCAACUAUGGCUGAAGCAAGACGUGAAAUGUGUGAGAGAGCCUUCUCCCUGGCUAUACCUAAAUUGUGUUACUCUUUUCUAUGGGAGGCCCAGUCGACCUUGUUACUGCCUGUCUCCUGGCAUCUUGCUAAGAUGCUUUUAUUUAGACAGGCUUUUAAUCUGCUUGUUUAGAAAUUUGUAAUGCUAACCCUGACCCUGCUGUUUUUAAUAUUUACUACUUGUCACAAUUGUCUCUUUUCAUUGAUAUUUAUUAAGAUGUGGUAUGUUUUGUUUUCAAAUUUGUAAGCCACCUUGCGUACUGUUUUUAACAGGGAUAUAAAUUUUCUAAAAUAAAAACAAUGAACCCUAGGACUUACUUUGCAGGAAGUUAGACAAAGGCAUCUUCAGUAUCUUGACACUGUCAGGAGCAAAGGUUUGAAAGGGAAGCUGCUGUUAGCAAAUAACUUCAGAACGAAUGAAUUUCAGUUGCAAUUUUUCCCCCUAUCUCUGUUUUCACAGAAAAGCAGGGUCCUGAAAGGAAGAGGAUUAAAAAGGAGCCCGCAACUCGGAAGCCCAGCCUGCUGUUCGGAAUGGGACUUCCAGGAAUCCGUGCAGGUUAUCCGCUCUCUGAGCGCCAGCAGGUUGCCCUUCUUAUGCAGAUGACAGCAGAAGAGUCUGCAAACAGUCCAGGUGUGGACAGUAUAAUUUGUGUUUAAGGUAGAAUUAGGCCCUUAUGGUUCUCCCUCAAAGUCUGCAGUUGCUGUCUUAGUGGGGAUCUCAGAAACAUCCAGUUAGGUGUUCAGCAUACAAGGCUUGGAGAACUCCCCCGUUUGCAGCUAGUGAAUCGACUUCACUUCUUCCCUUAGAUCUCAGGCCCCUUCAUUCCUGAGAGGAACCACAGCUGCUUUCUACAGUAUUUGCUUAAUCACAGUCUUCCAUUAAUGUCUCCAUUGUGCCUGCAGAGGCAUUCCUCUGCUUGGAAAGAUUAACACUCCCAUCCCCCAAUCCCCCAGCCAUUUCCUCUGCUUCAAGGCAAGAUUGUAACUAUAUGGCAACAGCUCCCUCUAAAGGCUUUGGGGUUUUGGCUUUGAACUGAACUCCUCCUUCAUGUGUGCUUUUCCCCACCUCUCCUGCCAGCAGUAGAUACAACACCAAAGCAUCCCUCUCAAUCCACAGUUUGUCAGAAGGGAACUCCUAAUUCUGCCUCCAAAACCAAAGAUAAAGUAAACAAGAGAAAUGAACGUGGAGAGACUCGGCUGCACCGGGCAGCUAUCCGAGGAGAUGCCCGACGCAUCAAGGAACUCAUUAUUGAGGGUGCAGAUGUCAAUGUAAAAGAUUUUGCAGGUAACCACUCUAUUCAUUCUGAAUUGACUGCUGGAGUAUGUUGGGGUGGGGGUGGGGUGGGGGUAGAAAAACAAUACAAUUGUUUCUUGGCUGAGACACUGAAGAAAACAUUAUACUAGAGCCCACAUAGUUAAGUUGCCCAGCUUGAACUAGGAUAGGACUAGAUUCAUCAGAGGAGUAAGUGAGCAACCUGUAGUGGAACAUUCAGAGUAAGUUGCUGAACAGUGAUCCAGCUUGGGGAUGUGUUGUAUUUUGUUCUGUUUUUUUGCUGUCAAGAACCUUGUGAUGUUGUCAGUGUUUCAAAAACACCCCCCCCACACACACAAAAAAAAAACACACCCCAAAAUGCGAGCAGUGCUGUGAGGAGGCCUAACAGAUCCAUUGCCUUGGAUCAGGGAUUCUAUCUAUGACUUUCUCUUGCCCAUUUCAUGUUGGUUGCAUAUUUCUAGCUGUGGCAGAGCUCAGUUACCUGUAAAGUUUUCACCUUCCAUGCUGUAUUCUCCCUCCUGAUAGUUGCUGCUGUUCUGUCUUUUCUUUUUAUUCUUUCCUCUUUUCAACUGCAGUGUUGUAGCCUCUGUUGUCCUAGCUUCAGCCACUGUGAUACCUUCACAUUCUAAUGAUUGUCGAUCAGGUUUUCCCCCCUCAUUCUUUAGGUAGUCCAAAUUAAUCUCUUAUGUCCCAUUAUUUUGCCAAAAACUCCUGUUGUGCAAAAUUUAACAGGUGCCAAAUUGUGUUCAUUGGGAGAUCUAGGACUUGCUGCUUUGCUAUCUUAGCAUGCAAUUCAGAAGCUACAAUAGAUGCUUAUUUGAAAUGACCUAGCACUGCCAUGCAAAGGUUAAGGUUCACUGCACUUCUAUAAUGAGCAGCAAGUGCCUUAUCCUGAGCCUUGUAAUAGUUAGUACUGGUUUCUGAUCAAGACACAUACUAAUUAUAAGUCAUUUAUGCAUCUAGAUAACACUCAUUCAGUAACUCAGACAGAGGCUUUCUAAUAGUGAAGUUGUAGAAAUAACUCUUUUGGGGAAACUUUUAAGGAUUAUUUUAUUUGGAAAGCAACCUGUUAGCAUCAUUUAUACAUUACAUUCUAGGAGGCUUCAGUUUUUUAUUCAUUGCAUUUUGGUAUUCUUGUUUCUGUGGCAGCAUUCUCUACCUACUACCUGAUGCUGCAAAGCCACCAGAAAGCCAAGCAGACCUGUUUGUGGCAUUGCAGCUAUUUGUUAAUAUUCCAGACACUAAGGUUCAGGUGAGAACAGGAAUUCUGUGAAAAAUAACAUUGACCAUCUUUCUACAUCAAAAGAUGGUCCCUCCCUCAUGCCCCUUUAUUAAACUUCUGUUCUUUCCUUAUUUCUAGUGGGGAGCUGGAUGUAUAUAUUAUGUUGCCAGACAAAAGAGCCUGGAUGGGCUAAAUACCAGGCAAGAGUCAAGCUUCUGAUGUCUUUACACUAAUGCAGGGCUGGCGGGUGGUUCUACAGGCAAGCCUCUGUGCUGCCAGCCAGCAUAAUCAAUGGAGGCACUGCUGUGUGACAUAGUUACUGAUCUGAAAUAGGCCAUCCAUGUUAUGUGUAUGUUUUGUAUGUGCAUUUGCAGGUUGGACGGCUUUGCAUGAGGCAUGCAACAGGGGUUACUAUGACGUUGCAAAACAGUUGCUUGCUGCAGGCGCCGAGGUCAACACCAAGGGCUUGGAUGAUGACACUCCGCUGCAUGAUGCAGCCAGCAAUGGGCACUACAAGGUCAGUUCUUGCCAGAUUUGAAUAGUCAGCUGUUACACAGGCCCAAAUGAUCUCUCCCUGUGGCCACCAUCAGGCUCUUCAGCUCUUUACUGUGUACUUUUUAGUUUAUUCUUCCCUUCUACUAUUGAAAACUUGUGGUUGAGGAUAAGUUGCAGCCUUUGCAAGUCUUCUAUAAUGUCUUUACCACCUUCCUGAUGUGUCCAGUGUCCUUAUUUCUAGGUGUUUGAAGUGUAGUUACCCUGUUCGGUCCCAGAGAAACAAGAGAGACAAACUGGGUAAGGUGAUAAUGUAUGUAAGGGUAUUCCCUUAUACUGAGACAGGCCAAUGUCUAUGUCUAGCUGCUUAUCACCUACCGUGAGUGACAAGGGCCUUCUACAUGAUCUCCUUUGCAAUAAGGGAGGCAAGGAAUUCAACUAAGGAUCUUAUACUUGUAGAGCAUAUUCCCUACCACUUAGCUUUAGCUCAUAUUUCUCUGAUCAAUGUGCUAGACUUUAAGCUACUUUAUCACUAGCUGAUAGUGAGCUGGUUUGUCAGCCUUUUGGAUAAUCUUCAUUUCUGCUCCUUUGUCCAUUAUAGAUGCAACUUAAUGAGACUUUGUUUAUGUCUAGGUGGUGAAACUGUUGUUACAUUAUGGAGGAAAUCCUCACCAGCUUAACAGGAGGGGAGAGACACCAUUAAAAGUAGCAAAUUCCCCCACAAUGGUCAAUCUGCUCCUGGGGAAAGCCACAUAUCCUUCCAGUGAAGAGAGCUCCACAGGUAAGAGGUGGGAAGUGGCAGAAGGGUGUGGUGCAAAUAACCUGUACCUCCAUGCAUAAGGAGACCUUCAGAGGGCUGUAUUGUGCCAGGAGCACACCCUGAAACCUUUUGCUUAGUGCCUUCAGGGCCUUUAAUAAUGACCUCUGCUCCCUUGAGAUUUGCAUAUUGUUCUUUAUUGUUGCAUGCCUGCAACAGCCCAUCAUUGGAAAUCAAAGACUAGGCAGCUCCCUAACAAAGACUCCAGGAAAUGCUCCAGGUUAAUGUGGAACUGAAUGCUUUGCUGUUCUACAUCCUAAGGUUGGUGGAGCAGAGGCUGAAUGUGAUGGCAUUACUUACCAUCACUUUCUUGUGAUCCUGAGGAAGAUCAGAUUUUAGUAUUUUGCUAUUUUGCUUUCACUAGAAUUUAUUUGCGAGGUUAAGCAAUCAAUUUGCCUCUCACCAUUGCCUGUAGUAGAGUCAAGGCCUCCCAAACAUCACAUGAAAAGACAGAAGCAGGCCAUUUGAUACUUUGCUAGACAACUUUGCAGUGUGACGUAUCCAGAAGUAGCACAGUUAAUGCAUAUAAUAAGUGGGGUCAGGAAGACUAAGUGUGUAUCAUGAAUGGAGUAAGAUACCCACAUUUAGCAUCCUCACUCAGCUGGUACCCUCUUCUGCCUAUAACAAGCCUCAGCUAUAAGAUGCUCUAUGAUGCCUAUUCGCUGCCUCCUCCCCAAGCCACAUGUUCUAUGCUGUAACAUAAUGAUGCAUUGUGCAGGUGGUUUUGAAGCUCAGCAGGGAUGGGAUUUUUAAGAAAUUUGCUUGGCAAAGAGAGAUGCAGAAAGGACUUGUGUCCAGCAUUGCUUUGCAAGUAAAAGCUUGUAAAAGGUAGAGUUGUACUUUUUUGCGUAGGGAUGAAGAGGUGAGCCUUUGAGAAAAUGCAGUAAGAGGAAGUUUUUGCAGAGUGACGGGGAAUCUGUGCAAAGAAGUGCUGAUUAGCCAAGAGUGUGAGGUGUAAAUACUUCAUUCAGAUCUCACCUUCACCUUGGACUUAUCAAAUGCCCUUACACAAAUCACUGUUUAUCCUAGUGUCAUCCCUUCAUCCGUAGCAAAAGGAAAACAGCUGGCCUUCCUUAUAGGGGCAUUGUAACAGUUAGUGGUGGAGUGCACACCAAAUCCCCUUAAAGCACUAUAUAAAUACUGUGUAGUAGCUUUGAGGCCUGUAUGAGGGUGAAACACUUGGAUGUGGUAGGGAUGGGGCUGAGCAUGACCAAUGCUCCUGUGUUUUUUAAAAAAAGGCAGCACCUGAGAUGAGGGGAAUGGAUGCACCAUUUGCCUGAUAAUAAAUUGGCACUGCAGAUGUCUGGCUGUGCUGCAACUUAUGGAAGCAGUCCCCUUUGAAACAAAUGGAUAUUACACCCAGCAAUCGCUCUUAUUGGAUUUGCACCCUUUCUGCCCAGAUGCUCCAAAUGGAUUCCUGUCAUUGACUCCCCUGCGCAGCUUUGGCCUUUUAUUCCAGAGGACCCAGCAGACCACCGAGUAGGUAAAGCAGCCACAGCUAUGCUUUGCACAUGGAAGAUAGAUUGUCUGUUCAGGUAUUGUGAGCAGGUUUCUGUGGAGAAUGAUGCUCCAGCUCCAGGUGAAAGUAGGUGUCGUACCUUACUCUUUAUUUGUGCUCUUGUUUUUUCAGAGAGCUCAGAAGAGGAAGAUGCUCCUUCGUUUGCACCAUCCAGUUCCAUUGAUGGCAACAACACAGACUCUGAGUUUGAGAAGGGCCUGAAACACAAGGCCAAGAACCAGGAGCCUCCCAAAGCUGUCACACCCGUGAAGGAUGAAUAUGAGUUUGAUGAGGAUGAUGAGCAGGACAGGGUCCCACCAGUUGAUGAUAAACAUCUUCUGAAAAAGGAUUACAGGAAAGAGACUAAAGCAAAUAGUUUUAUUUCUAUCCCCAAGAUGGAAGUAAAAACUUAUACUAAAAACAGCACAAUCACACCAAAGAAAGCAUCCCAUCGUAUCCUUUCAGACACAUCUGAUGAAGAGGAGACCAGCCUGCCUGUGGGGACUGGGGAAAAGCUGCGGCUGACAACCCAUUCUAUCCUCCCCAGCAGCAAGGCUCGAGAACCUUCUAAUGCCAAACAGCAGAAAGAGAAAAGCAAAGUGAAGAAGAAGCGCAAGAAGGAAGCAAAGGGCAAAGAGGUUCGGUUUGGCAAAAAAAAUGACAAGUUUUGUUCCUCUGAAUCAGAGAGUGAAAACCUGGAGAGUGAGGAGGAUGACAGAGACUCUGUACAAAGUGCUACCUGUGUAAAGGACUCCAGAUUGGUGUUAAAGGAGUCAUCCUUGUUUAAUUCCCUUUCUGCUUCUUCUGCCUCUUCCCAUGGGAGUUUGGGGUCUCAGAAGCAUAAUGCUACCCUUGCAGAACAGCACUCCAAGCACUGGAGGACGGACAACUGGAAAACAGUCUCUUCUCCAGCCUGGUCAGAUGUCAGUUCUUUAUCGGAUUCAACAAGGACGAGGCUGACCAGUGAGUCUGAUUACACGUCUGAGGACUCAAGCCUGGAAUCAUUGAAGCCUGUGAGGAAGAAGCAGGAGCCCAAGAAGCGCGCCCAACAUGGAGCUGCUGUGAUUGUGGAGAAGAAAAAUUCAUUCCAUGCCAGUGUUGAUGGAGCUAUUCCAAAGCGAGACAAGGAGGGGAAAGUUGUAAAAAAGCAUAAAACAAAACACAAACACAAAAACAAAGAGAGAGGCCAGUGUCCUGCCACCCAAGACAUUAAAAUAAUCAAAGCCUUUUCUUUUGACUAUGAGGACUCUAAGCAGAAGACCGAUAAGGCUUUGAUUGUGGAGACUGAAUGCCCUGUUGAGAACAAGCUCAAAGUGCUUAAGCAUGAGAGGGAGCACUUCAAGAAGGAAGACAAAUUUCAGAAAACUAAAUCUGAGGAGAAGGAGUGGCUGUUUAAAGACGAUGCUGGAAAAACCUCCAAAGAGGAGAAAUCCUUGAAAAAAGCCAAGGAGGCAAGUAAAGAUCUCAGUAAAACUUUCAGAGAAGAAAAGAGCAGCAGAUUGGAAAAAGAGAAGCCCAUAAAGGAGAAAUCUCCUAAAGAGGAAAAACCUCGAAUACAUAAGGAAGAGCGAAAGAAAAAAUCUAAGGACAAGCAGUUCAAGACUGAUAAGAAAAAUGAACUGAAGGAGGAAAAACCAGCAAAACCAGAGAAGGAGAAAGCCCUGAAAGAGGAGAAAGAGAGAUGUAAAAAAGACAAAGGUUACAGGGAGGAGCCCAACUUUGAAGAGUUUAGUAAUAAAAACCAGUUUUUAGAAAGCGAGGACACAAAGUUCAGCCUCUCUGAUGAUCAGCAAGAUCGGUGGUUUUCAGAUUUGUCAUCGGAUUCUUCUUUUGAUUUCAAAGGAGAGGAUAGCUGGGAUUCACCAGUGGCAGACUACAGGGAAAUUCAAAAUGACACUGUGACAAAACUCAUCAUAGAAACGGUGAAGGAGGAGAUAAAAGACAAGAAGCGGGAUAGUAAAGCAAAAGAUAAGAGGGAGUACAGCGAGAAACGUAAUGAAAAAGACACUUUUCUAAAAAAGAAAGAGAGGGAAUAUGUUGAGCGGAACUCUGAGAAGAAAAAGGACCAAGUUGAAAAGCAUAAAAGUAUUUCUAGUUAUCUGCCUGAAAAGAAAAGAAAGGAUUCUGCUGAAAGCUUUAAAGAGAGAAAGGAAAAGGAGGCUAGUGAAAUUAACAGAGAGAGAAGAGAUUUGCCUGAUAGCUCUAAAGAUAGAAAAGAAGUUAAAAUUAAACAAGAAGAAUCCUACAGAGAUGAAUUUAAAGACUAUGGCUGUGAAACAUUCUUCAAAGAAAAAUCUGAACCCGAAUUUAGUGGGAAAAAUGUGGAGAACUGGGAUAGGCAUCAUUCAGGAAAAGAGAAGAAAGAUGUGCCAGAGAAGGACAAGAAAGAGAAAUUAAAAACAGAAAAGUACAAGGAGAAAUUCAAAGUAGAGGACAAAGAGAGAAAUGAGAAAGCUUUGCCGGAAAAAAACCAGAAGGACAAAGAAUUAGAUAAAGGUUUUAAAGAGAAGAAAGAUACAAAGGAGAAAUAUAAAGAUCCCCACAAUAAAGAUAAAGAGAGAAAGGGUUCACUAGACCAAGUUAAAGAGAAGAAAGAGAAGAACUUUUCUGGAGAUAGAGAGGAUUUCCACGAGAGGAGGGAUGAGAAAAAAGGCCGGGAGAGGACAUGGUAUAACAUCUUAGAUAUCUUCACAGAUGAAAGCGAAGAUGAGAAGGAUGAUUACAGCCUAAGUGGGUUCAAACUUGGAGAGAGCCUUGGGAGCGAAAUGCAUCGUAUGGAUAGCAUGCAAGACAAAGACGAUAGCAUGGUAGCUGAGAGAGACCUUUAUGUCCCUGACAAGCACAGGAAAUACUCCUCUGAUCGGCAGCAUUCCACUGAGAAACAGAAAGACAAAGAGUCAAAAGAGAAGAAGAAGGACAAAGGGUUACCAGAGGGUGGAAAGGAGAAAAAAGAGAAAAGCUCCUUUGAAAAACACAAAGAGAAGAAGGACAAAGACUCAGUAGAGAAGUAUAAAGACAGGAAGGAGAGAAGCUCAGUGGACUCAGCCCAAGAAAGGAAGGCAAAGCAGAAAUUCCCUGAAAAGGUGGAAAAGAAACAUGCUGGGGAAGAGAAGGUUAAAAACAGACACAAGGAAAAGCUAGAUAAAGAGUAUACUAAGGAGAAACGGUCUUCGAAAAGCGGAGAAGCAGAAAAGAGCUUGCUGGAGAAACUGGAGGAAGAAGCCCUCAAUGAAUACAGAGAUGACUCCAAUGAUAAAAUCAGUGAGAUUUCUUCUGAUAGCUUCACAGACAGAGGGCAAGACCCCGUACUCACCAAUAUCUUUGAGUCUUCCAACCUUUCACUUGCAGAUGCCAACGAAGAGAAAUUUAAGGAGUCUCUGCCUUUGCCUUGCCUUCCAGAUAAACUCAAGGAGAAAGAGAGGCACAGGCAUUCUUCAUCCUCGUCAAAAAAAAGCCAUGAAAAGGAAAAAGCAAAGAAAGAGAAAGCUGAAAAGAAAGAUAAAACAGAUGAGUUUAAAGACUCCAGCAACAGGAAAGAUUCUACUCAGUAUGAGAAGGACUUUGCCAUGGAUGGAGAAGGCAUUAGUAUUUCUUAUGGAACAAAAACAGAGGCUGAAGAAGAACUGGACAAAAACAUGGAGUAUUUGUUUCCUGAAAAAAAGGAAAAGAAUGAUGCUGAAAGAGAACUUCCAAAGAAGGCAGAGAAAGACAAAGCGUACAGCUCCAGCACAGUCAGCACAACCAAAGAGAAGAAGAAGAGGGACAGGCAUAAAGAAAAGUGGAAAGAGGAGAGAGAGAAGCACAGAGACAAACACACUGAUGGUUUCUUUAGGCACCACAAGGAGGAGCAGAAGUCUGCCAAAGACAAGGAUAGCUCUCAAGUGAUCACUGUUAAAGACAAAUCAAAAGAGGAAACACCCAAAUUUAAUGACCUCAAAGUAAAGGAACGACUCAAGGAAAAUCAAGAAAAGGACAAAUCAGAGUGUCUUAAAAUGAGCAACGGGAAUGAUAAAAUAACCUUACCCAAAGAAGGCACCAAGAAGGACAUCAGACCCAGGGAAAAGCUUUUGGGAGAUGGUGACCUAAUGAUGACCAGCUUUGAGAGGAUGUUGAGCCAAAAAGAUCUUGAGAUUGAAGAGCGCCACAAGAGACACAAAGAGAGAAUGAAACAAAUGGAGAAGAUGAGGCAUAGAUCUGGAGACCCCAAAUUAAAAGACAAAGUCAAGGCCAAUGAGGAUAUGCGCAAAAGGAGUCUGGAUUUGACUACAAAGAAACCACUAGCACCUGACACUCAGUUAAAGGACAAGAAACUCAAAGAUCUAGGCCCACUGGCUCCAGUAGUAUCCCCAGAUAACAAGAACCAACCUGUUGUUGGGGUGGAUUCCAAGGAUUGGAUAGCCGGCCCCCAAAUGAAGGAAAUCCUACCUGCGUCUCCAAGGCCAGAUCAGAACCGGCCAACAGGGGUUCCAACACCAGCAUCUGUUGUUUCUUGCCCAAGCUAUGAAGAGGUGAUGCAGACACCAAGGACUCCAUCUUGCAGCAAUGAAGAUUACACAGAUCUGAUGUUUGACUGUGCUGACUCUCAGCAUUCAUUGCCCAUAUCCACCAUGUCCAUGAACGCUUGUUCUCCAUCUUUCUUUGACAGAUAUUCCAACUCUUCAAGUGGAUUCCCGGAGAACCCAAGUCAGACCCCAACAAGGACUAUCCCCUCCACAAAUCUUCACCGUUCAAUGUCUGUAGAUAUCAGAAGAGCAGCAGAGGAAGAGUUCAAUGUUGGGGACAAAUUUUUCAGGCAGCAAAGUGUCCCAGCCACUUCUAAUUAUGAUUCUCCAGUUCAGCACUUGAUGGAGGAGAAAGUAUCUCUCCCCUCCAUUCCCAUAGAAAAGUUCCCAUGUUUGUCCCCAGAAUAUUAUUCACCAGACUAUGGAGUCCCAUCCCCUAAAGCAGAGGCAUUGCAUUGUGCACCAGGAACUGUGGGCAAUGUUGUUCAGUCCCCUGAAAGUGUAUUUUCUGGAUUGCAAGCCAAAUCUUCCCCUUCUCAUAGAGAUGAACUGCUUGCCCCUUCUGUUGAAAGUGCUCUCCCUCCAGAUCUUGGCCUGCCUUUGGAUGCCACAGAAGAGCAACAAGCAACUGCUUCCAUUAUGCACCCAGAGUCCAGCUUUUUACCACCAAUUGAAGACAAUGAGUUUGGCUCUAGCAUUCCGGAACAGAAUAGUACUGAGUGGGAGACCACUUCAACAAGAAAUCUGGAUCCUCCUGUGCCUCAGAGUUUGAUUGGCAAUCCUUCUGAUCAUGCUGUCAGCUGGACAGUGGGAUCAGAGCUGCUCAUUAAAUCUCCCCAACAGGGUCCUGAUUCCCCAAAGCCUUUCUGUUCUCCAGACAUCACGCAUCCCACACCUGUGCCCUUCAUUUCUGCAGAUUCCCUACAUCCCAGUUCCCCCGUUUCAUACUCUCUCUCGGUGACUGAAUCAAGGCUUGAUACAGCAAAGGAAGAUGCUGAAGAAGCAGUUCCAACAGAAAUGGUGACUGCAGAACAGCAGGCUUCAUAUGCAGAUUCCCCUGCUAGAUUAGACACUUUCUUUAUUAGUGGUAGUAAGCCUGUUCCAGAGGAAGCAUCUGACACACCUUUGCAGCCAGCUAGCAUGCCAGCAGAAUUGAAAGUGGAGGCUGUUAAUGCUCUGGAAAACUUGGAAGAGAGCGCCAUUGCCCCUGUAAAUCCUGAGGAACAAGCUGCAUGGCCUGAUCCAUUUCCAAAUUCAGAGGAUGACUUAGACCUGGGUCCUUUCUCUUUACCAGGAUUGCCACUUCAAUCAAAAGAUGUUCCAGAGGAAGAAUUGGCAGAGUCAGCUGAAAACACUCAUUCGGCAGAUCAGGAAACCACCAGUGCAGACUUUGUGGAUGUUGGGGUGUCUUUGGGGGCUACAAACAAGCAGGAUGAUCUAACUCUUAACCAAAAGAGCAUCCUUCCUGAGGAGCCAGAUCUACAAGCUGAUGAGCAAAAGGCCAAUGAGAUUUCACUAGAAGUUGUGUCAGAAGCAUCAAGUGCCCCAGAACAGAAAAAUAUAGAAGAAGCGGAGGCUCCCCAGAAUAUUCAGGAGGUGACACCAGCAGAUCUUGCUCAGUCAGAGACCAAGGAGGAGGAAACCAAUUGUGAAGAACUCUCCUCAGCUACUCUUGCAUCAGACAGUGGUUCUCAAGUUAGUUUGAGCCAAGCAAUCAGAACUGAGAGCACUGAUGUUCAAGACGUAGUGGUACCCGGAAGCAACAGCCAGAUCCCUUCCUCUCAGACAGAGGUGCUGCAAGGGAGUACCCAGUUAGAAUCUACAGAGCCACCACCCAAACCAGUCCCUGAAACCCCAAAGCCCCCCAAAAUCGAAGAGAUCCCACAACGGAUCACCAGAAACCGAGCCCAGAUGCUUGCCAAUCAAAACAAACAGAAUGCUGCUGCUGCUACUACUGCUACUGCUACUGCUACUACUACUACUACUACUACAACUACUACUACUACUUCUGAAAAAGAGUUCCCCCCUGCUUCUGCCCCUUCAACACGAGCAAAAGGGCGUGUCUCAGAGGAGGAAGAUGCCCAGGCACAACAUCCGCGGAAGCGCAGGUUCCAGCGCUCCAAUCAGCAGCUGCAGCAGCAAAUCAACACCUCCACCCAGCAAACACGGGAAAUGAUCCAGCAGACACUGGCUGCAAUUGUUGAUGCCAUCAAGUUGGAAGACAUUGAACCUUACCACAGCGACAGGUCCAAUCCCUAUUUUGAGUACCUACAGAUCAGGAAGAAAAUUGAGGAGAAGCGGAAAAUUCUCUGCUACAUCACUCCCCAGGCACCCCAGUGUUACGCUGAAUAUGUCACCUACACAGGCUCAUACCUGCUGGAUGGCAAACCUUUGAGCAAGCUGCACAUUCCAGUGGUGAGUAACCUUACACCGCUUGCUGUCUUUAUAAACCAUGCUAGCAUGGAAAAAUCCAAUCCCACCAGCAAUAUCUACCCUUCCUGCAUCACAAGUGCAUGCUGUAGCCCUGGAGAAGGUAUACCUGAACUCUGUUACCUUGGCAGAGGCCCCCUUAAUCUAUUUUAACCUUAUCUUACCAUAAAAGGCCCUAAAACUUAAAACUUAAAGCUUAUUAAUACCAAAUUCUCUUAACCAUGACAUAUUCUUACAUAAUUCUUUUUAACAUUUCUGCUAAAGCCAAAUAAUUUCAUUCCAACAUUUUUCUAAUACUCUUUACUUUUACAAAAUUUUCCUAAAUAAAUUGUUUAAAACUUUCUUCCAAUCUUCAUCCAACAUUUCUUUCUCCUGGCCUCGGGUUUUGUCAGUCCUUUCUAUCCCAUCCAUCUAGUCCAUCAACCUCAUAACCUUAUAUCCGAGGCCCUUGGAUCUCUUCCAUGUCCCAUCCGCAGAUCUUCUUCAUAUUUAUACCUGUGCUUUACUUUGUCUUCUGCUCCUUUCACUCGGGGAGACUCCAGCUUGACAAUGUUUUUGUCCCUUCUCGACAGAUCAGCCCCUUUUCCAAAGUCAACACUGAACUCCAUAUGGUAUUUAAAAACAUGUUUCAAAGUCCCUCCAAAGUUAAGGGCUUGCACAACCCCGGACGCCUCCCACCCCAAAGCCAGACUUGAAAGGUCAAAACAUCCCUGCAUAGGGGGGUCUAUCCAGCCCCCCAUCUCCAAACCAAACAGAACUCUGUCUCUCCAAAUCUGGCUUUCUCCAGGUUCAUUCAUCAAGUCCAACAACUCAUGUUCCUGCUGGGCCACAGUUCCCUCCAUCUCUGCCUCACUAGGUCCAGCAACAGCCUCCUCCCUCAUCUGAUCUGUCAAAGCACACUCCUGAGUUAACUCCUGAGUGGGUUCUAUAUAAGUACCCACUGCCUGUCCAAACUUUCCGAUCCCAACAGUCAUCAAAUCCAUCUUCUCAUGUAACUGUUCCAAUAAAGCACUUGUCUUACAAAAGGUCAACACCAGAGCCUCCGAAUACAUUGUUGUUGAAGGUCAGAGUCUGUUCCCACGAUCUUAAUCUAUUGCAGCUGCAAAGCUCCCCAGUUCGAAUUUAAUAAGUUUCACAAGCUCCCUCUAGGGCAAAAAACUUCUAUUUGUAUCCAUCUCUCUCCUUUUUUUUUUUUAAAGCAAAUCUAACAACAAAGUUUCCUUUUUCAGAUAUUUUGUCAAUAUUUUGUUCCUUUUAGAUGCGAAGGGGAACAAUGGAAUCAAUAUGUUUAACUAUCUGUCAAAAACGUUUGUCUAUAGUCAAUGAACUUCCCGAAGACGUCUGUCCUGACACCCCGCUCCCAGGUUUAGGACGGUGGAGAAUUGCUUUUCUUUACUUGUCUUCUGCAAGUUUAAUCAGUCCAGAAAAAGUUCCCCCCUCUUCUCCUGCUUCCAAGGGGGGUUCAGUAAUUUUAAAUGAUGAAAAUCGAUCCUUUACAACGAUUUUCUAAGCUCUAGCUUGCCGUGUCUUUGCUUCAAUCUAUUUACAAAAAGCGGAAGGCAGACUUCCUGUUUAGACCUUCCCGCUUCAGUGCCAAAUUAAAAGAAAUUUCUUAUUCCAAUUUUCCGUUCUACUCACGGACAGUUAUUUAAGCUCCAAUUGUCCACAGGAAAAAGUCAGCGCUCUCCGGCAACAGCAAUGCGGCUUCACUCCGUGAAAGAAGCAGUCGAUUCAAGGCACCGCGCCACUCACCCCACGUCGCUCCGGAACCCCGAAAUCGUGUUUCCCCGCGAGUAGGGGGGGCGCAAAGGUGCCAGCCGAAUCCCAUGUCCACAGGCUUCUCCCGCCUGUGGUUUUUGAUGGGUCUCCGCCUCGCCGUGGCAGUUCAGAUCCUGUUUUCCACGGAGCGGAUUCCUCCCGAUCGGAGGAAAUCCGCCAUUGCCAGAGGCGCCAACCCGGAAGUUAAAGCAGGAGUAUAUCUGUCCCCAUCUGCAUUUUUCCAUCGGGAGGAGCAUAGAAAGAUGACAAUAUUCUUCAGUUUGUUAAACCUCCUUCUCGUUUCUCUGGCAGACCCUCUAAACUUCCUGAAACCCAGGAACGCUGAGACCCACACACCUUAUGUUUUCCAGACAGUCUCCUUAUAAGCUACUCAAAAUGUAAAGGCAGCCCACAGUCCCCAAGUUUCUCCCAGACCUCAGAAGAGUGUGCUCAUCUCUUACAACUCUGAUCCUAAGCUUGAAGUUUCACACACACUUACUUCAGUGGUCAGAUUGGUCAAAUUAUGAAACUCUACUAAAAAUUAAAAAAAAGCAGGCAAAAGGUCAAGGCAGUAUACAAAAUAAACCAGAGCACUGUGGCUCUGAAACUGGACCAACCAAAACCUAUUCACUAAACUAUAGUUGUUCUGAUCGACUUACAAGUAAGCAGUGAGGAUAGUCCGUUUCAUAGAAACUCUCAUCUGCAUCCCUGAUGGUGGGAAGGGAACUCAGCUGCAGAGCAGCUCAGCUUCUUAAGUCUUUCUCCCCAAUGCUAUCCAGAGACAGUUGCUCAGGUAGCCAUCUUAAAUACCCUUUUGCAUUUGAUUGACUUAGGCCCCAAUCUGCCCCACCAUUCUCUUUCUUGACAGCAGCUUCCUGUGAUCCUAUUUGAAUCAGCCCUUUAUUGAGAACCGUGUGAACUGGAUUAUUAUUUUUAAUACUUAAAAGAAAGAUCACUACCCAGGUACAGCACAUGCUGCCCAUGCAAAACGGUCUUAGGUUCAAUCCCCGCCUCUUAAACCCUGUCUGAAACCCUAGUGAGCCACCACUGCCAGUGUGGACAGUGCUGUGGCAGAUAAACCCAUGGACAGUGUCAAUGACAAGGACCUUUCCUAUUUAUCUGAGUACAAGAAGGAGGAAAUUAAAGCAAUAGAUGGAACAAAGCUCACAGUAGUAGGUUCUGCUUAUCAGCUGACCUGUCUGAAAGAGGGACAUAAACUUUGGUGCUAACAAUGUUGUAGGUGCUUUGCUUCCAACUUGGCAUUCUGCAGCCUCUUAGCACAUUCCUUAUGCUCUGCAACAAGGGGAAUGUGCAGGUACAAAAGCAUCCGUUGGGAAGGAAUGGACUCCUAGGCUCUAAAGGAGCUGAACUCAGGCCUCAGUGCUGUGUUGGCCUGUAUACCCUGUGGAAGCUAAUAGACAAAUACUGAACUACGACGUGCAGGGUAGAGCUGAAUUCCUUACAAGUGUGCUUGUGGAAAGCAUCACAAUCAGCUGGUGAGUGGGCGGCAGCAUUUGCUCCUUGCUUUACCAUGCAGCAGUCAGUUUUCAGCUCACUGUUUUCUGUUUUUUGCAAAAUCAGCAUGGAGAGGGGCCCCUUUGUGGGGGGGACAGCUACAAGAUGCGGGGGAAAAGAACCUCUCCGCUCUCACCUCUUAUUGUGUAGCACAGGGGUUAGCAAAAGUUGGCAUCCCAAAGCCAAGAAAAUUAUUGUCCAAGUCUUCAGAGUUAAAGAAGCAGUUGCAACAAGAGACCCCAUGCGAGUUGGCUAUUGAUUUUAAGCAGGCUGUUGGUGGCAAACUAUCAGAACUGCUCUCUAUGCCUCCUUAGAGAGACUAUAUAUUAACUUUGGGAGAUGCUAGUGUAAAGGGGAUCAAGGGCGGGAGGGGGGCUGUAUGGAAAUAAAUUAGGUAUGGAUUGGAAAGUGUGUACUCCAAAGGCACAUAAAUGAUUAACAGCCUCUUGGUUAGAGUAUCAGAAAAAAACAGCAUCCAGACUGAACCCUCAGGGGAGCCUGGCGAUUCUCCUGCAUGCAAGAGCAGGGUGUAAAUUGCUGAAUAUGUUGUCUGCUGCAGGAGCGAGAUGGCAAUCACACUCCAAGCUGCAUCUUGUUAGACUGGUUCAAAGAGCUGCGGCUUCCCUGCUUUCUACUCCACAGCAUAAACAGCCAGACAUUUGGUGUAUUUGGGAGGAGGGGAUGUCUCUGCCUGAAAGGUGAACAGGAAGAGUACAUGAGAGUUCUAGCCCCAGCUGUGUCCUGCUGCGUAAACAAAGCUCUGUUUGGAGCAAGGAUGCCUGUGGCUGGGUCUUGACCUCACUGCAGCAGCAGGAAACUUAAGACUGCUCCAGGCACUGCUUGAAUGUGAACAGAUCUGUUCAUUGGAAACAGAAGUGGUGGCUGAAGGUGCUGCGGCUUUGUGACGUUUUUUCUGUUUUCUCUGCAUUUCAGAUUGCACCCCCUCCAUCGUUGGCGGAUCCCCUCAAGGAGCUAUUCAAGCAGCAGGAAGCAGUCCGUGGCAAACUGCGCCUCCAGCAUAGCAUUGAGCGGGUAACAGCAAAUGCUUAGGUGUCCAAAGGCUGCUGGGGGGCAGGCCUCCCCACUACCCUUCAGGAGCAGGGGUGCCUUUUGCUCCUUGGUAACUCUGUCCUCCUCUCUCCAGGAGAAGCUGAUUGUGUCAUGUGAACAGGAGAUAUUGAGGGUUCAUUGCCGAGCAGCAAGGACAAUAGCCAAUCAAGCAGUGCCCUUCAGCGCAUGCACCAUGCUUCUGGAUUCGGAGGUGUACAACAUGCCUCUGGAAAAUCAGGUCUGGGCCCGUCUUCUGAUGGUGAUAAUGAGUGGGUGAGGCAGAGAUGACGCUUUUCUCACCAAGGUGGCUCUGACUUCAUCACUCGUGCAUUGGGCCUGUGCCCAAAAGAAUCUGCACUUUUUGUAGCUUUGGCUGGAUCGAAUAAUUAUUCAAAAGUGUGUGUGUGUGUGUGUGUGUGUGAGAGAGAGAGAGAGAGAGAGAGAGAGAGAGAGAGAGAGAGAACACGAGCAGGUAUCUCCUGGUGAGCAACGCUAAAUUUUCCACAGGGUGUUUGCUUUUGUAAUUCCUUAUGGCAUCUUCUCAUUAAGCUAAUAAUGUUGCUUCAGAGCUUUUACAUUAAAAAAAGAAAUGCUGGGCAACUCUGGGAUUGUGGAAACUGAAGCUCUGUUCUCCACCUGCAUUUUCUUCCCAACCCCAAAAUAAUUUUAGUACCAGCAAAUACCAAAGAUCUGGAGCUGUAAAUGAGUCAGACUUGAGCACCCUGUGUUGCUUUGCAGCAAGAAAAGAAUUUACAAGUGGCUGCAGCUGAACAGAGCAAUGACACCAGCACCUCCUACUGGCCACGUGCUUUGCAGCUGCUUUGCUUGCUUGCCAUAAAGCUGUCAUUUCAGUGGGAAGCAAGUGCUGCAUUGCAGACGGUCCCCAUGCACUAGGCGGGAUAAGGGAAAUUUAUUAGCUCUCCAUCGUAUUGAUCUUUUUCAUCUGAUUUAGAGCUCAGCAGUUCCCAAUACAUACACUAAGAAAGGAAGAUGCUUGGUGCCACAUGGUUGGAGGGGUGAAAGUUUUGUUUAAAACAAUGGUAGUCAGUAUGGUGCCCUUUGGAUAUUGUUGGACUAUAACUCCCAUAAACCCCACCCAGUAUGGUCAGGCAUGAUGGGAUUUGUAGUCCAGAAACACCUGGAGGGCAUCACAUUGAUUAACCCAGAAAGAUCCAAGGGAGAUCCUCUUUGAAAGGACCAGCUGAAUGGUGUGGUGUACUCCUUAAAUAUUGCAAAAGUAGAAGGCCCUUCACCUGCAUGCUUUAGACUCUUCUGUAGUUAGUCAUAUUUGUGUGAGAGAGAGAGAGCCGGGGGGGGGGGGGGAGGGAAGAGAAAACGAGCUCAGAACUUAUUUUGGUCUGUGUUUGCGUCUCCUAAACUCCCCUUCAUUCUAUGUCUCAGGGAGAUGAAAACAAAUCCGUCAGAGAUCGUUUCAAUGCUCGUCAGUUCAUUUCGUGGUUACAGGAUGUGGAUGACAAGUAUGACCGGAUGAAGGUGAGCAGUAAAGCCAAAGCAUUGGCAGCACCAGGUCUAUGGGGGACCCCCCCCACUUGCAUUUUAGUAGAGAGGGUUGGAAAUAGAGACUUCUUCUGAAGCAAGUUGGUUCUUACCACUUGCUGUUUCCUGCUUGGGAAGUAGGCCCUCUUGCCUGAAAUGUGGAGUGAUAUCUGUCCAGAAGGGUGGGAGUGGGGCAAUAAUAAUUGUCAUCACAGAACAUCUCCACAGCUUCCCAGUUGAAGGUGCUGUGGGUUUUGAGCGUGGUUACCUUGGACACAAACCAGCUGGCAUCUGCUGGAAUUAGAGAAUUGUGGAGUUAGAAGGGACCCAAAAGCUUAUCUAGUCCAACCCCCAACAAUGCAGGAAAAAAUUAAGGCAGCUUCAGGUGUUUAUUUAUUUAUUUAUUUAUAUCCCACAUUUUACCCUGACUGGGACUGUAGGCAGCUUACAGAUAAAAUGGAAAAAAUAGAAAAUUUAAGUAUUAAACACAAAUAGAAUUAAGACAAUAUAUAAAAAGAUUUAUUAAAAAUACAAAUAACAACAAUAAAAACAUAACAGCACCAGUGCUUUCCUUAAAAACAGUCAGUUCCUAAAAUCCUGUUGGAAUAAAAAGGUCUUUACCUGCUAGCAGAAGGACAACAAGGAGGGAGCCAGUCUGACUGCUCCAGGACAGGAGUUCCAAAGUCUGGAUGCAGCCACCAAGAAGGCUCUCUCCCACAUCCCCACCAAGUGUGCCUAUGAGGGAGGCAGACUGAGAAAAGGGCCUCUCAGAGCCCCAGCAGGUUUGUAUAGGAGAAUAUGGUCUUUCAAAUAGCCUGGACCUAAUCCUUUCAGAGCUUUAUAGGUCAUAACUAGCACUUUGAAUUGUGCCCAGAAACAGACCAGUAGCCUGUGGAGCUGUGUUAACAACCUUUGGGCCCUUCCGUGUCGGAAAAAGUAUGAUGCACUCAAGGUUUCCAUAUUUUCCAAGCAGAGCUUUCAUGUGCUGUUCCAAAAUGCAAAGAUACUUUUCAUCCAAGAAAUAAAGAAGGUAUUAUUGCCACAGAUGAAGAGUGGGUACACUUGAAAUACAUUAUGAUUCACAUCUGACAGUCAGAAUGCUUUUUUUCUUCAACAUCUUUUGAGGUUUGCCUCUAUUUCAUGGUUUGGAGGUUGUGCCUCGGCAUCACUCCCACUCCCAAGAACUGGUAACAUUUGAGGUUAACCUUACAAUAAGUCCACAUCUCACUGUGCCGUACUCCAGGUAGACUGAGCAUACUCAUCCCCUAUUUAUUGUGUUUGUUUCCAUUGCAGAGCAGGCUCACAGGGCCCCUUGCUCCAAAUGCCCCUCUCAUAUGGUGGUGUUUCAGCUGGCUCUUCACUAUCAAUUCCUCUGUUCCCAUCCUUUCUUCUCCCUUAAACUAUUCUGUUGGGGUUGCCAAGUUCGCUUAGCUGCACAUCGUCCACCUUCUCUGAGUCAGGAGGACUCUGUCUUGGUGCCUGACAUGCACAACCCCAACGGUAUCAAUUCUGGGGGAGAGGGCACACCACAGUUCAUGUUCCCUGCUCCCAGCCUUUCAAGUAAGCAUUGCAAAAAGCAGGUCCAGUUGCAAAUGGCAUAACUCCUCCUUUGAUUCCCUCCCAUACAGUCAGCUGCUUUUUCCAUUAGACUUUGAAAUGUACAGAAAACGUACUAGGUUAUAAGUGACUGAAAAUGUUUACAUUUCUGAUAACAGUCUGUUCAUGAAACUCAAAAACAUUUGCUUUUCUUUAGUUCAUUUCCCAGGUUUGCUAAUGCCUCAUUGCCUAUUUAUCAGUAAUGUAAAUGUUUUCAGCCAGUUGUACCCAAGCGUGUGUUCUCCAUCACCAGCCACUUACUUUUUGCUGCCUUCUCCCUUUCUUCAGAACUUGAAAAUUUGUCAAGGCUCUUGCCUGAUUUAAAAAAGACAUUCUAAUAAAUUAAACCUGCAUAUAUACUUCAUAGUUUUGAAGAAAGCAGCAUUCUUUCCUUGUUUUUGGAGGAAGCACACACUCAGCACAGCAGGCACCAUCUGUGAUGAGACAUCCCCUUCUGUGUGUGAGAGAAGAAUGUAUGUGUCUUCUGAGUUUAUGUUUGCUGCCUGCUAUCUUUUAUAAGUACUUGCAUUAACAAUUAAAAUUUAAUAACCUGCUGUAUUACUUUUAAAAAUUGACUGAAUGCCUUAUGCCUGGCCCUUUCCUUAUUUCAUCCUUGAUUGGCCCAAGAAGAGAGAUCAUAUUGCCUGCUUAGAAUCUCCUCACACAGCAGCUACUAUCUGAGGACCUAGUUUCUCUCUGAAAUGAGCUCCUUGGCCUUUGGAUCCUAUUUAUGGUUAACAUUCUGCUUUUACAAGAGUAAAAUGAAACAAUAGAAAAGCACAACUUACAACAAAACACUGAUGAAUAAAACAGUAAAAAGUAGCAGUCAGAAAAGCAGGAAUUAACAGUGGAAUAAUUAAAUGCCCAAACCCUAGUGAGAUGGAAACAUCUUUAACAACAGAUAGCUAAAAACAGAAAUUGGGGCCCCAGAAGAUCUCUAUCAAGAGGACAGUCCACAGGAAUAGCCAACAUAGUGCCCUCAGUAUGUUGCUGGACUACACCUCCCACCACUCCUGACCCUUGAACAUUUUGACUGAUGGGAGGUGUAGUUCAACAUCAUCUGGAGGGCCCUCGAUUGGCUAUCCCUGCUCUAUUGGUCCUGGGCUGUUCCCAGGCUAACAUCAUCAUUUUAAAUGCUCCACCCCCACCUAAUUGUGUUUGAUUUUCUUUUCUGGUCCAGACGUGCCUGUUGAUGCGACAGCAACAUGAAGCAGCGGCCUUAAAUGCAGUGCAGCGAAUGGAGUGGCAGCUGAAAGUGCAGGAGCUGGACCCUGCUGGGCACAAAUCGCUCUGUGUGAACGAAGUGCCCUCGUUCUACGUGCCAAUGGUGGACGUGAACGAUGACUUUGUGCUCUUGCCGGCAUGA